CUCCGGGCCUCGGGCGCGCAGGCGGAGCAGAGCCGGCAGGCCGCCCGGCGGGGCCAUGACGCGGAGAUGACGCUCCGGUGACGCGACUCCUCGGCGGCGCCCGACCCGGAAGCGGAAGAGGCGGGCUGCCUUGGCCUGUGUGGAGACGAGGCCGCCGGGCCCUGCCUGCCUGACGGACUCUGCGAGGCGCGCGCCAUGGGGCCGGUGAGUCGGCGGGGCCCGUCGCCUGGGGGCCCGGGCCAGGCGGGAGUCCGGCCGGGCGCGGGAGGCGGCGGGGGCCUGGCCGGGAGGAGAGGCCCGGGGGCGGGGGCGCGGGCCUGGCGGGGCUGUGGCGCAGCCCGAGAGGGAGGCCGCGGCGCGCGCGGGCUUCGCCGAGGGGAGGGCGGGGGUUGGCCGGGGCCGCUCCUCCUCCUCCUCCUCGGGAGUCCGGCGGCGCAGGGGGGCCGCGAGGGCGGCCACGAACCGGCAUCUCCUCGCAGCGCCUCCGAGGGAGGCCUCGCGAGUUCCCCGGGGCUCCGUUGCCGUCCCCCGGCGGCGCCCCCGGAGCGUCCCUCGCUCGUUGGUCCCGUGACCUCGCGGAGAACGGAAGGGCUUCGGUCGGCGCUGCCUUGGCCUCCCUCGGGCGCCGUCGGGGCCUGGCCUCUCCCUCGCCUCGCCGUGGCUCCCUCGGAAAGCCCUCCCUGGGGGUCCCCUCGGGGACCCCCCCCCCGUUGGUCCCCACGGCUCUCCGCAGGGACUCCGAGGCUCAGCUCCGCCCGCCUGGGGAUCCCCUUCGCCCUGUUUAGGGCGGCUGCUCCGCCUCGCUCCCUCGCCCAGAGAUCCCUUUCCCCCUCGAAAUCCGCCGCGUCGCUCCUUCUGCCCGCCCGUUCCUUAGGCGCGCUCCCUCCGCUUCGCAGUCGCUUUGUGGUGGACAGGAAGGAAACACGACUGCUUAGAUUUCGUUUCCCUAAGGAAGCAAGCGCAUCUCUGCCAGACGCGCAAUUCCUCUUAAAUUUGCUAAUAAUUCAUUCCAUUGAAUCCCUGCUCUAACUGUCCUAAUACGUAGCUGUAUUUUGAGAGAGAAUAUUGAUGUUUGAAAGCUCAUCUGCCAAACACCUUAAUCAAGAGUGCGGGCUGAGAGACUGGUGAGGAGAAACCUAUACUGUACUGUGCUAUUUUUGGAUUAUGUAUGUUUUUUUUUAAAUAAAACCGCACUUUCGUAGCUCCUAAUGGAGUUCCCGUUUAAAGUCUUUCAUACAAACCCCUGAAAUUUGCCGUAUUUCAAUAGUGAAACAAAAUUAGCCAGUAUACAUGUUAUAUGCACAUUGAUUUCUGUAGUAUGGGAAAACAAAAGUAUGAGGCUUUGGGAGGGUUUUUUUUUUUUUACCCAGCCUAACCUACAUCACAGGGUUGUGCAAAGACAAAAUGGAUAAGUGAGGGAAUUAUGUAAAUGACACUGAUUAAAUUAAAUUGUAAACAGCCAAAGUUAGUAUGGUUUGUUACUGUGGUAAAACAUUUGCAUGUAACUUGCGAUGAUAAGAGUAUCAUUCAGUCUCUAGUUUGCACUUCUGUAUUAAGUGGGGCGGGGGGGGGGAUUGCUAGUGCAUUUUGGAAAAACCUAAGACCUGACAUUCUGUUCUUCAGCAGGAGAAAACAAGGAAGUGCAUACUCCUAAGUAGGUUAGUGGGAUUGUGGAACUAUUUCCUGAUCAGACAAAUUGAGUGAAAUCUAAUUGCAAGCUUGAUUAGGGAUGUCACUUGCAUAAAAGCAUGAACUGGGGUAGUAUUAACUGCCACCUCCAAAAUGUUCUUCUUGUUCACUGCAUUUGAAAUUUAUUGGCAAAAUGGUAUUGUGAUAGAGACGUGAUUUACCUAAAAAAAGUACAACAUAAAAUGACUCAUCAGCAUCUUAAGUUGGGUGUAGAAGUGUAGCUUUGUGGUUGGUGGACUGUAUAUAAAUUAUAUUCUCAUGGAAGAGUAUCUCAGUAGAACCACCAGGGGAAACAUGUAUAUGUUUUUCUUCAUAAAUACUAUUUUUCUUCAUAAAUACCUUUUUAUUACAGACACUUGUUCUUGGGGUACUUUGUAAUCAAUUCCUAUAUUGCUUUGCUCAAAACUUGCUCUGAGGCAUGUUAGAUGACUUGUUUAUAAGCUAUUCUUUUUUAUUUGUGAAUUAAAUAAUUGCUCCUUUUUCUACAGUGGAUCAAGUAUUAGCAUAAUUUUGCAAAUGCUCACAUUGUAAUAAUUGGGAGAACUCUUAUGUGAGAUGUAAUAAUACUCUCUGAAUACACUGUCAAAUAGGUUAGGGCCUGUGGGGCUGAGUCAUGGUAUAUGUGUUCAGAAGGAGACUUAAAAACACAAAACAGUUGAACACAAAACAGUAGCUGGAAAGGGUUUUUUUCAUUGCUCUGCUACACAUGUUUUCUGUAUUCAGAUGAGUUACUCUUUUACAAAACUAUGUGCAAAUAAGAAAUAAGACACCAAUAUUGAAGUACUUUAAUGCUUUCUUGUGUAUAACAGUGCAGCAUAGGCUACUGGCUCUAUUACCCUGACUCCUUUUGAUCUUACCAGUUCUUGUGCAUCUUCUCCUCUCAUGGUUUCUUUAUUUCAUUUUACUUUUUUAAAGUUUCCAUUUUUGUUUCUGAAGCAUGAUGGAUAUGCCAUCUAUUUCAGCUUUAAAACUAUAUGUUACUGGUUUACAAGAGCCAGUGUGGUGUAGUGGUUAAGAGCGGUGGACUCGUAAUCUGGGGAACCGGGUUCGCUUUCCCGCUCCUCCACAUGCAGCUGCUGGGUGACCUUGGGCCAGUCACACUUCUCUGAAGUCUCUCAGCCCCACUCACCCCACAGAGUGUUUGUUGUGGGGGAGGAAGGGAAAGGAGAAUGUUAGCUGCUUUGAGACUCCUUCAGGUAGUGAUAAAGUGGGAUAUCAAAUCCAAACUCUUCAACCUCUCUUGGAUCUGAAUUGGGUUGAUUGCCUAUUUAAAUAAAUAUUGCUUAAUAAAUUAUAUGAGCUGUAAUAGAUUGAUCAAAUUUACGUGGAUGUGUGUUUAAUAAAGUAAUUGCACUGAAGAAGACACAAGCUUUGACUGUGGUGCAGUAUAAAUGGUCAAUAGAAAAUAUAUUCCAUCUUCUGAGACAGCACCUGCAGUUAUUGUAAAUACAGACAAACCUCGGUUCUUGAAUGUAAUUCGUUCUGGAAGCCAGUUUGGCUUAUGAAAUGUUCGACAACUGAGGCACGGCUUCUGAUUGGUUGCAGGAGCUUCCUGCACUUAAGCGGAAGCUGCGUUCGGCUUCCAAAAAACGUUCGAAAACCAGAACAUUUACUUCUGGGUUUUCAGCAUUUGGGAGCUGAAACGUUCCAAAAUGGAAGUGUUUGGGAGCCAAGGUUUGACUGUACUUUUUAAAAAAUGAGCUUUUCUUAAAUAAAAGGGGUUGCUCUAUACCAGGGGCCGGCAAACUAAGGGCUGCGGGCUGGAUCAGGCCCAAUUGCCUUCAGGAUCCAGCCCACGGACUGUCCGUGGAUCGGCGUGGGGAUUCUGUUCAUUUGGGCUGCGCCAUUUCCCCCCCUGUGGCAUUCCACCCCCCUACUGCGGUGGCACCUCCUCCCUCCCUCCUGGAUUCUCCCCGCCCUGCCUAGAGGAGGAAGGGAGCUGGGCUGAGUGCCAUUUUAAGAACCCCCUCUCUGAAGCCAGCCCUUUCGUGCCACUCAUCUUCCCUCCGCUGCUGCCGCUGUCACUGCUCUGGUGCUCUGUGGGCCAGAAAGUGGAGCGGAUGAGCUCGCUCUGCCUACCCACGAGAAGCAGAAGCAGCGGUGGUGGUGGUGGCGGCAGCGUCAGCCCCUGGGAAGGUAAGCACUGGGGCUGGGGGGUGGGGAGGAGGACUACUUGCACCCCUUGCCUCUUCUUCCAGCUCCCGGUGCUUAUUGUCUGGCCCACCACAAGGUCUGAGGGACAGUGGACCAGCUGCUGCUAAAAAAAUUUGCCGGCCCCUGCUCUAUACUAAUUGGCUGCAGGGCAAAUGGAGGUGAUGUAGCAGGGCCAUUUGGGCCAACUCUCAUGUGCAAAGGGGGGGGCCCCUCAAAUUUAGAUAGCAAUGUUACCUAUCAUAAACCCCUGUAAAUACCAAAUCAGUCCUGAAAUUAUGUACUUAUAUUUUGUGGUUUCACAUAAUGUUUGCAGAUAAACUGCUGUAGGAUUUUUGUGUCAAGUGAUUUUUUUACAUAGGCUGCUACCUGACUAAGCGCAUUCUUAACCAUGUUUACUAAGGAGUGAGACUGCAUUUACGUGGGGCUUCUGUUCCGGGCCCCUGCAUGCGUACGUGAAAUCAUGUAUAAUGGGGAGCACCCUGGAGAGUCCUGGUGGCUCACGAGGAGAGAGCUCUUCAAGCUCUGGGGAGGGUCUCCUUGCAAACCAGGAGGACUUUCCAGCAUGCGCCCCCCCCCAUUUCUGGGAUCCCAGCGCUGCACAUAUGUGUGGUUGUGUGCAAAUAGAGUAUGCACAAAUGGGGAUUUGCCUUCUAAAUCAGUCAUUCUAUUAAUACUAGUGGAAGUUUUGUAAUUCUGUUCAUUGAAGUUAAAAGUCACAUGCGCGCCCAUCGAUGUCAUUGUUCAAAACCCCCUCUUUAUGUCAAACAACUUGAAUGGUAAAGCGAUCUUAGGCUGCUCCUCUUGUACAAGCUGAUAAACCCCAAGUGUGAGCCCAAUGCUAAAAUUGGUUCAAAAAUUAACAGCACAAAAUUAUGCAUGUUUCCUGAGAAGUAUGUCUCAGAGGACUUACUGUCUAGUAAGUGUGUGCAGGAUUGUAGACUUGUAUGCAUAUAACGGAGGCAAACUGACAAUGGGCAAUCUGUGUUCAGCUUCAAAUUGGACAGGGACUACGUGUGGAGAUUAUUGCAUUGCAGGAGGUUUGACUGGAUGGUCCUUGGGAGCUCUCCCAACUACAAUUCUAUGAUUCAAACCAGUGUGCAUAUUGUCAGAGACACUUAGAUUCUGACUCUUCAUUGAACCCCCUUUGCAUAAAAUGUGUUCUGUCUUCCUUUGCAAAUACUCUUUUUGUUCUGGGUAGCCCAUAUACCCUUAUGAAGUGUGAAAAUGUGGGAAAAGGUGAGACUGGAACCUAAUCUGGUUGGUGAACAGAACAGUGUACAGUGGUACCUCGGGUUACAUACGCUUCAGAUUACAGACUCCGCUAACCCAGAAAUAGUACCCCAGGUUAAGAACUUUGCUCCAGGGUGAGAACAGAAAUCGUGUGGUGGCGGCGCAGCGGCAGCAGCGGGAGGCCCCAUUAGCUAAAGUACCUCAGGUUAAGAACAGUUUCAGGUUAAGAAUGGACCUCCAGAACAAAUUAAGUUAUUAACCUGAGGUACCACUGUAUUGGUGGGGUGUCAAUUGAGCAGCAAAUCUCCCAAUUAUCAGGACACUAUUAGCUCCCUCUCCCCCAUGAGCCAACAGUGUGACGCGGCAGCUAAAAAAGCCAAUGCAAUUCUGGGCUGCAUCAAUAGGAGUAUAGCAUCUAGAUCAAGGGAAGUAAUAGUGCCACUGUAUUCUGCUCUGGUCAGACCUCACCUGGAGUACUGUGUCCAGUUCUGGGCACCACAGUUCAAGAAGGACAUUGACAAACUGGAGCGUGUCCAGAGGAGGGCAACCAAAAUGGUCAAAGGCCUGGAAACGAUGCCUUAUGAGGAACGGCUAAGGGAGCUGGGCAUGUUUAGCCUGGAGAAGAGGAGGUUAAGGGGUGAUAUGAUAGCCAUGUUCAAAUAUAUCAAAGGAUGUCACAUAGAGGAGGGAGAAAGGUUGUUUUCUGCUGCUCCAGAGAAGCGGACACGGAGCAAUGGAUCCAAACUACAAGAAAGAAGAUUCCACCUAAACAUUAGGAAGAACUUCCUGACAGUAAGAGCUGUUCGACAGUGGAAUUUGCUGCCAAGGAGUGUGGUGGAGUCUCCUUCUUUGGAGGUCUUUAAGCAGAGGCUUGACAACCAUAUGUCAGGAGUGCUCUGAUGGUGUUCCUGCUUGUCAGGGGGUUGGACUCGAUGGCCCUUGUGGUCUCUUCCAACUCUAUGAUUCUAUGAUUCUAUGAUUACUGUAAUUAAGAAUGUCCUCUUUAUAUUAUUCCAGGAUGAGCACUGUUAGUUAAUAAUGUUCCGUAAUUUUCUGGUGCAUUUAAAAUGUGAAAUUAUAUGUUCUCUUUUUUUUUAAAAAAAAAGCAUGCUGCGCUGAGAAAAAAUGUAGUAAGCAUCAAAUCUUAUAAAUAAUAGAGAGAUCCUUUCUGUAGAAAGUAGGAAGCAAUAUAGAUAUGACCACUUCUCUAACUUAACUGCAUAGCCUGCUGUGUUCAAAAGGCAUUAGAUUGCAUGUUAGGCUUAAUAUACAUGGCCUUGGUAUUCAUACUGUUCUACACAGUAUCAUGUGAGCUUGUACAUGCAGUUCUGAAAUCAGAGAAGUAUUGCUCUGCUUCUAGUGUUGUUCCUCACCCGCUUUGGGGGCAGGAAAAAGAAAAACACACAGCACUCAGUUGUCUUAAAUGACUUUCUGAAUCUAUAACCAAGAGUCUGAGAUCACAUAACAGGUGCCCCUUAAAAGAAAUAUCAGUCAAGCCUAGAGAAGGGUAUCCUAAAAUUGAAUUCUGAUUGUCUUCUGUAUAUUGAGUUUGGUUCUGGAGUCUUGCAUUCCAGUCUAAGCCACAGUUGCCUUACAUAGGCAUCAAGCACAUAGGAUAUUUUAUUCUGUAUUUUCUAAACAAGGGUUUGAAGUGUAUGUUCAUUCUUCCUAAUGUAUAUGUGCUAGGGAUAGUGCCUAAAGCCAAAAUCGCAUAUAGUCAAAACACAUUAGGUACAAUGGCGGGUGGAAUGCCAAGGUUUUAUUUCUUGGAUGCCCCCUCUUUAAUUUUUGUUUUAAUUCCUUCAAGCACAUAAAGCUGAAUGUGCACUAGUUAAAGGUGUGUCAAUUUUGAGUGUACUGUACUUCAUCCCCCUUGUUAAUAUUCUAAUGUUUAAUGCUGGUCUCAAGCAUCCCAGAAGACGAAAGAAGUAGAAAGAAAUACAAAUAAACUAAAUAGGAGUAAUAUCUAUGUAGCUUAACAUUUUUAAAACAACAGCAUUGAAUGCAGGUAUAACUUGGUUAUGAUAGUAUUAUAUAAUCACUCCUCUGAAAUGCAGUUUACAUGUGUUUCUGUGAUAGGUUUAAUAUACGUUCAUGGAAUUUAAUAGAGGGUUUAUUCAGGAGAGCUCUUCCUUCCUAUAUCUGUAUCCAGUAAGUGUUUAACUGUGGCAUUUAAUUGGUAAUGUCUUACCUCUCAUCUAGCCUUUGGUGAAGUGUCAUUGCACACUUGUGGUAUUCAGAAUCAGAAACCUAUUGGUUAUUCUGAUCUGUGAACAAUUUGGGGCACUGUUUUUACAUCAUUUUUCAUAUUGAGAAAAUUUCUGCCUGUUCUUCCAGCUUCCAUUCUAACUAUAUGAGCUCUGAGCUCUGUGUUCUGUUGAACUAAUAGUAGAAAUAUUAAUUCUGCUUUAUAUUUUGCUAAAACUUAUAAACAAAUACUAAGAAAUACAGCAAAAAAUAUCUAUCUAUCUACACGUGACCUACGGGGGGGUGGUUUCUAACUCUGUAUUUAUAGCUUUUAAAAAACAAAAUAGAGGGUGGUGGUGGUUUACUGAUUUGUUAACUGAAAGUCUGAUAAUCACUCUUCUGUUACUCUUGGUUGGCUUGCUAAUUUGAAUUUUGAACUUCACUUUAUGACAGUAUGCCUAAUGGGCUGAAUUAAUUAUAAAAUUCAAUCAACAGUUCUUUUUCCACACCACUGAAUUUCCACAUCAGGCUGAAAUUUUAACAUUGUAAGAGAGAGUGACUGGUUACCCAGUCAAGAAGACAAAUGUUUGUAACACUUUAAUUAGAAUAGCAAGCUCUCUGUUACAUAAAAUAGAAGCUGUGUAACAAAAGAUAUUAACUAGCAUGCAUGGAUACCUCCAGGACCAAGAAGGACCCUGAGCUGUGUGUGACAUUUGUUUUGGUUUAGGCUAACUCCCCAAAGUUACAAGGCCUUUUAAGGGAAACCAGCUUUUACAAGAUCCAAGAGGCUUACUUUUGUCUCAGAAAGGUGUCUCUACCUAUGUUAUGCUUAAUGUCAUUGUGUUUCUUGUUUUUUAAAUAUCUAGCAAAGGCAACAAGAUUUUGUAUUUUGCAGAAAUAAGACAUUUCCACCUUGUUCUGAUGGCUGGCUACAAAUGCUCUUAUUCUUGUAUUGCAAGGGAUUGGACUAGAUGACCCUCAGGAUCCCUUCGAACACCACAAUUCUAUGAUCCUAUGAUUCUAACUACAGAGAAACCCAAUAGGUCUCAUCUUAUUUAUUUAAAGCAUCUAUAUACUGCUUAAAAGAUAGCGUUUCUAAGUAGAGUACAUUAAAAUAAAACAUAUGAAGGAUAAGACAAAGAAAACACCAAAAAUCAAGCAGAAACCUGACUGCUACCCUAAAAUGCCUACUGGAAUAAGGAAGUCUUUGUCAUCCACUGGAAGUUAAACAAGGAGUGUGCCUCCCUCUGUUGGGAGGGAGGUCCACAGGCUUAGGCCUACAGCACUGAACACAGUUACCUUCCUGGUGCUACUAAAUACUGUAAUACCUCUUAACAGAAGGUUAUUACUUCUGAUGAUUAAGCUUCAUGAGAACAAUACCCUCCAGAUAAGACUUGCACAGGACGGCAGACUCUCUAGAGAAAUCCCAGUCCAAAGAGGAGUUAGACAAGGAUGCCUAUUAGCCCCAUUCCUAUUUAACAUCUAUGUUAACUCCCUGGUCACAUGCUGCCGUGAAUUGAAACCCACCCCCCUGUGUUCUCUAAUGGCAGAAAAGUACCAAUUUUAAUGUAUGCGGAUGACGCCGUUCUUCUCUCUCAAACCAAAGUGGGUCUGAAACGUGCCUUAGGAAAGUUUAGUGACCAAUGUAACACUGAACUGCUAACAAUUAACUUUGCCAAAACCAAAAUUGUACAUUUUAACCGCUCCUUCAGGAAGGAUAAUUGGAGCGUAAAGGGAAACGCCAUUGAACAGACUAAGACCUUCCAAUAUUUAGGCAUUACUUUCUCUUAUAAUGCCAAAUUCUCAGCACACUUGACCACAUCAGCUAUAUCAGCAGAAAGAAGUGCAAAUGCUAUCCUUAGAUUAUUCAGAAGGAAAGGAGCUGGCUUCCUCCCGAUGGCCCUAACAGUCUUUCAGGCAAAAUCUUUAGCCCAACUUCUAUAUGGCUCUCAAAUUAGCCCCUCUGCCAACCUUAAGACCCUUGAAACAGUACAAUCUAAAUUCUUAAGAUCAUUAUUUGCUACCCCUAAGUGUACACCUAAUGCAGUCUUAAGGCAAGAGGCAGGACUGCCCAGAGUGGAAUUAAAAGUCUGGGAACAAGCAAUAUCCCUCUGGCUGAAAAUCCAUUACAAUCCUAAGGGUCUAUUACCUUGCUUCCUGGCCGCAGUUCCCUAUCCCCCUUGGCUUAUGCAAAUAACUAACAAGAUCAAACAAAUUGGCCUAAACCCUGAAAAUAUUUUUAUUGGAACUCUGAACAAGGCAAAAGCUACUAUUACUCGGAGACUUUAUGAUAUCGAAUUACAACAAGAAGGCGCCCUACUCCCAGAGACGUAUAGAUGUUUAAAAGCUUGGCCUAAUUUUACAGCUGCCCUUACUUAACCAACAUCACUAGCGAAGCCUAUAGAUGGGCUUUCUCUAGAGCCCGCUUUGAGACAAUGCCCUCAGCAGUGCUGUACGGCAAAUUCACGCGGGUUCCAAUGCAUGCGCGUCUCUGCCCUUGUAUGUCUAAUAAGGUAGAAUCUGUCACACACAUUCUUCUAUCUUGCGAAUUCUAUAGUGAAGAACGAGCUCAACUUAUUUUACCGCUUUUAUCAAAAUUUAUACCCCUUCAAUAUUAUUUGGAAUCCUCCCUGAAAUUCUUCGAAAAUACCUCCUGGAAGAUUCCUCAAGCUCAGUAUCAUAUGAGGUGGCUAAAUUUUGCACUUUAGUAAUUAAGAAACGUAAAUCUCUUCUGUCGAAUGGCACACUGCGAAGUUCCCUUGUGUAACCUUUUUUCUUUUCUGAAGUUGUUGCUGAUUUCUUGUUGUCUGAUCUUGGGAUGUUUAGUGUCACUGGCUUUGGCCGCAAUAAACUUGAACUUGAACUUGAACUAAUACCUCUGCGAACAUCGGCCCUGUCUAGCGUCCAUUCCAGCGAACGUCCGUGGCAAACCCUGGAACGGGUUACUUCUAGGUUUGCUGCUCGCGCAUGCGCAGAAGCUCAAACCGCUCUAAAGUUGCAAAGCUGACGGAACCAGUGCUAAAUGAUCAAUAUGGAGGUUUCAACUUACCAGAAAUGAAAACUAGGGCUGGGUGUCAUAUUGUUCAAAACCGGGUUGAAGUCUAUCAUUUUCUUCUUUGGCAAUCACUCGUAGCCAAGUAAGAUUGUCUUCCAUAAACACGGGUUUAACAGUGAGUCAAUAAUAAUAAUAAUAAUUUGUUUGUUUGUUUAUACCCCGCCCAUCUGGUUGGGUUUUCCCAGCCACUCUGGGCAGCUUCCAACAAAAUAUUAAAAAUACAGUAAAACAUCAAACAUUAAACACUUCCCUAAACAGGGCUGCCUUCAGAUAUUUUCUGAAAGUCAGAUUGUUGUUUAUUUUCUUGACAUCUGAUGGGAGGGCGUUCCACAGGGCAGGCACCACUACCGAGAAGGCCCUCUGCGCUGUUCCCUGUAAGCUCACAUCUUACAGUGAGGGAACCGCCAAGGAAGGCCCUCGGAGCUGGACCUCAGUAUCUGGGCAGAAUGAUGGGGGUGGAGACGCUCCUUCAGGUAUACUGGGCCGAGGCCUUUUAGGGCUUUAAAGGUCAACACCACCACUUCCAAUUGUGAACAGAAACUUACUGGGAGCCAAUGUAGGUCUUUCAGGACCAUUGUUAUGUGGUCUCGGCAGUCACUCCCAGUCACCAGUCUAGCUGCUGCAUUCUGGAUUAGUUGUAGUUUCCGGGUCACCUUCAAAGAUAGCCCCAUGUAGAGUGCAUUGCAAUAGUCCAAGCGGGAGAUUAACAGAGCAUGCACCACUCUGGCGAGGCAGUCCACGGGCAGCUAGAUUCUCCGCCUGCAUACCAGAAGGAGCUGGUAGACAGCUGCCCUGGACAGAGAAUUGACCUGCACCUCCAUGGACAGCUGUGAGUCCAAAAUGACUCCCAGGCUGCGCACCUGGUCCUUCAGGGGCACAGUUACCCCAUUUAGGAUCAGGGAGUCCUCCCUGUCCCCUGUCCCCCCACAAAGAGUGCUCAUGUCUUGGCAGGAUUCAGCCUCAAUCUGUUAGCCGCCAUCCAUCCUCCAACUGCCUCCAGAUAGUCACACUGGACCUUCACACAUCCUUCCACAGUGGGGACAUAGGAUUCUGAACAACAUGACCAGUCCAACAAAGUUAAUGUUGAAGAAUCAUUGCUUUCACACUGGGAUAUUAUGAUAUUGGCUUCAUAAUUUUUGACCUGGAAAUAUAUUCUGAAUCAGUGUGUGUGUGAGAGAGAGAGAAUGCAGUAUUCAUGAUGUGGGGGAAAAUUUGAAGCCAGCCAAUGCCUCUACCUGGCUCCAUCCUUAUUUCAGACAUGAUAUAUCAGUAUAUCAUGUUGUUAGCUGGCUUCUAUCACGAAGUUGAAAACCAGACAUCUCCCAGCCCUACUGUUAGCCUCUGCAUAGCUCUAUCCUUAUUUCGGACAUCGUGAUAUAUCAGUACAUCACUGUGUUUAGCUGGGAAUAUAUAGUGAUGUUGAAAAACAGAUAUUGUGCAGCCCUAAUGAAAACCAUUGAUCAUGAGCAUAGUUUAAGCUGUUGAUUAUAGGUGUGCCAAUGCUGUUGAUUAUGGGUUAUCAAUCUGACACAGCCAUUCUAUUCCACCCAGCUCUUCUUCCCCUCCCAACAGGCAGCAUUCUGUGGCUACUAAGUGUUCUCCGUCCUCAUUGGGCUGUUGUUGCUUUUUUAAUUUGUAAAGUUAAUAUUAAUGCAAACCAUAGGAUCCCUUUAUGUCUGCUGAUGCUGCCAUCUUGUGCAUGGCUACAUAAGUGGUGGUAGUCAGAAAAUUCGACUGGAAUUAGCGUUCAGGAUAAUGAUACUCCAAUCCAGUUACAUUGGCCAGGUGGUGUUGUGUUUCGCUGUAGAGUGGGAAAGAAACUAAGUCCAUAAGAAGAGCCUGCAGGAAUGGGUUAGCUGCUUGGUCUCACAGUAGCCAGCCAGAUAGAUGCUUGCAGGGAAACUUGCAAAUAGGAUUCGAGCACAAGUGUAUUCUCCCCUUCCUUUGUAUGUUUCAAGAGUUGUCAUACAUCUUCUCUCCAUUGAUUAAUGAGGGCCAUAGAUUUGGAUCAAUAUCAGUCUUUUAGCCGUAGUGAGGGUGCAGAGAAUCCAUUUACAUUGACAAGUUGUCAAAUUCCAUAUAGUAGUUAAUACUUUAGAAUGUUAUUAUCCUGUGAUAGUAUACUAUAUUUAUACAAUAUAGUACUUUCUCCGCAAACUUCAUAAGGAUUAGAUCAGGCUUCCUCAAACUCUGCCCUCCAGAUGUUUUUGGCCUACAACUCCCAUGAUCCCUAGGUAGGAGGACCAGUGGUCAGGGAUGAUGGGAAUUGUAGUCUCAAAACAUCUGGAGGGCUGAGUUUCAGGAAGCCUGGAUUAGAUGUUGCAUAUGUUUCAAAGAAGCAUUAUCCUUAUUUCAUCUCUAACAGCAUGUUGUCUUAGUUCCUUUCUGUACAAAUGUUAUGAAGUCCAAUAAAUUCUAAAUCUUUUCUGUUGUAUAAGAUACAAUUUAAAAUCAAUUGACAACUUUGCUACUGAAACUAUAACAUUCACCCAUAUAGACGCCUCCAAUUCUUUACUUCAUUUGUUUCUCCGAGCCUGCAUAUCAAAUUGAAUUGUUGAUACCAAGCAGGGCUUCUUUUCAGGGAGAACUCGCCGGAACUCAGUUCUGGCACCUCUAUGGUGGGUGCAAGUGCAUUCUAAGAGAAAGAGGGAGCUGUUCAUGGUGAGUUCCUGCACCUCUUUUUCCAUAAAAAUAGCACUGAUAACAAGUAUCUAUAAAAGAUAGCCGCUGGCUUUUUAGUCUCAUAGGAUUUAGCCAAUUGUUCUAAUGUCUGUGGAUGCCCAGGAGUUCUAGUGUUAUAUUGUUGCAAGUGUUAGAAACAGAGAUAUAAAAGCUAGGAGCCAAAUGGCAUAUGAAACUUAGCUUUCAGUCGCCACAACAGUACCGUAUUUUUCGCCCUAUAGGGCACACUGGCCCAUAGGGCGCACCUCGUUUUUUGGGGGUGAAAUAAAUAAAUAAAAAUUUAUUCCCCCCCCCCAGCCGCCGAGCUUCCCCCGACCCCAGCCCCCAGAACAGGCUGCUAUCCGCAAGCCUUGCGAGCCCGGCGGGAGUUCCCGCCGGGCUCGCAAGGCUUGCGGACAUCUGCCCGAAGCACUAUUACAACACAAUUGAAGACAAGAUGGGGGAUUUAGCUGAAGAUGGAAUAAAUGCUGUGCACAAAAGACAAGUUCUUUUAAAAUAAAAAAUCAAGUGAAAAAGUAGGCUAGGAGAAAUGUGACUGCAGUUUCAUUCUAGGAAAACUAAAAACCAAUCCUCUCUUACUUAAUUAGAGUGGGUAGUUUGCCAAAACUUGUUUUUAUAAAUUCGCGAACAGCUUUGCAUAGAUAAUUUAAUCAGUUCUUUUUGCAAUUUGUGUUAUUUGGAGGGUUGUAACCAGCCAGAGCAAACCAGGUUGUGCACAGAGCACAGUGGGGCUUAAGUUUAGGCAUGAAUAGGACAGUAGCAUCCAGUGAACUUCAUGGCUGAGUGGGGAUUUGAACCCUGGUCUCACAGAUCCUAGUCCUGCAGACACUAACCACUCACUGGGAAGAACCUUUUUCUUUCAGUUUGCAAAGUCACAACUCCUGUGAUAGGUGGAGCUGCCAGUGAGGGGCAUUGUCUCAUUCUGUCCAUUCAUGCCCACAUCAUGUGAUUAUUUUCAGUUCUAAUGCUUCUAUUUCUGUAAAGGAAAGCACUUCCCGGUAAAUGGUGCAGGAGCACUCACACAGAGACGGUGAACUCGUAACUGCUGCCUCCCAUGUUGUGUUUGCUGUGUUAGCAGCAGCACAGUGACAUCUCUGGGACACAAGCCAGGGCAGGGUGUAUGGAAGCCCUGUCUGUCAUCCAAGGGUCCAGCCGCCUCCAUAAUUUGGUGCUACUGCAUUACCAUCUGAAUCUACAUAAUGGGUUGAAUCCAGAGUUUCUUAACCGGAGUUCUCCUUGUGGAAUAGGACACUCGGGGUUUGGUAGCCCCUGAAGAGGGUUGGGGGGACGCUAGAAUAGUGUGGGAGUCAGUGCAGAAGGCUAAAGGUAGCAAAGCUGCCGGCCUCUCCUCCCUGCCCCUCUUCUAUCCCUAGAAUUGGAUCCAUCAUAAAUGAGUAGGUGGCAAGUUGGUAUUUUAAGUGCUUUUUAUUGGAGUUGUAAUAAACUACUGAAUAGAGGAGGGUCAGGAUAACCAAGUAUUAAAUGAUUCUCAUUCAGGAGUAGCUUUCAGCUUUUUUUUUUAAAGAAAUAGAUAAAACUAGGCUUUUAAAAUGGUCAGUUGCUUAGCUGCUUGCAGCUAAUAAAAAUUAUUCCUAGGUAGCCAAGCAAAGAAAUUUAGUAAGCAGAAUGCUGGUUUGCUUCAUGCUGCUCAGUAACUGUUAUUUAAUGCUGCCCAUUUGAGUACUCUUAAGUUGCAUGAAUAAAUAUUGGUGUGUGUAAUGCCAGUUUGAGAGUCUCUCUCCUUUUUGUUUUGUCUUUAUAUAAAGUAGUCAUGAACAGAUAGAUUAUACCUUGGGAUAUUUGUGUAGACCAUAAUCUUAUCACUUACCCUGCUAUCCAAAUUCAUAUUUACUUUCAGUUUGAUUAUUGAGUGAAUUGAGAGUAAGCCCGUGGUGUGCUCCAUCUGACUUGCUACUAAAAUGCCUUGGAACUGUGUAUCGUUGUACAAAUUGUAGGCUGUAAUUCACAAACUGUUUCAAAUCAGAUGAGCUAAUGCGGUUUAAAUCCAGCUAUUCUGAUUUCACUGGUUUGUGUUCAACUGAUAAUAUGGUGAUUAGUACAUUGAGGAAAGAAUACCUGACCACCACUGGGGAGACACGAUUUAAAAAUAGCCAGACAUACUUGCAAAUGUUCCAGGACAUCUUUCCAUUUGGUAUUAUAGCAAAUAUGUUACAGCUUUAUAUUAGUUACUGGUGAAAUUAAGUGGACAAUUGAAUAAACAUCUUUUCUCUUCCUCGGCAGGGUUUCUUGUGAGUCAGUAUCAGCCUGCAUAUGCAAAGAGCAUCUCUUCUGAGCGACUGUGGCAGAACUUGGAAUGUUGGUUUGUUUCUGCCUCUGAUGGAGGAAUAACCAGAUUUCUCAUUCCUGCACUGAAAGACUUCACAGGAGAUACAAAAUGUCAUCAAAUCGGAGUCAGAACCCACAUGGACUUAAACAAAUUGGUCUUGACCAGAUAUGGGAUGACCUUAGAGCUGGAAUUCAGCAAGUUUAUACAAGGCAAAGUAUGGCAAAAUCCAGAUAUAUGGAACUCUACACGUAUCCUAACACAUUUCUGAACAAUCAGCUACUAAUCUUACUGUUGAUGUAGAAUUAUUCUACAUAGGCAACUUUAGUUGUUCACUUAUGAUGAUACAAUUUAAUUAGUUUUUUCCAAUCAGGCCUUGAAUGCCCAGGAUCUCAGUAUUUGGAUGGAGAGAGAGAAAGGAUGUUUGACUUCACUUGAACCUCUGGUUUGUGUUUAGGUUCACUUUUUGCCCUAGGAACUUAAAUGAGAGACUCGGAGGCUGUUUGGCAAAACCAGAGUCUUCGGCUCACUUUUGAUAUUCUGUAAAAAAAAGUUGUUAAAUGACAAAAGUAGCAGGGUUAUCCUCUUUGGUAUAAAUGUCAUCCUAAAUUAUUCUGUCUUUGUUAUGCCAUGUUGCUGCCGAGUUCAUGUAGGUAGGAAUGGUUGUUGCGAGAUGACAAUGCUCUGAUGACAACUUUGUGAGUAAGCAAUCCAAAUAUUUUACACCAGCCGCCUCCAUUUUUACUUUUAUGUAAGAAGGAAUGGUGUUUACCAGAGAGCAAAAGCUCCAUGCUUCACGGAGUUUUACAAUCUAAAUAUAAAAAAAAAACCUUAAAAUAAAAUUUAAUAUUGAAUUGAAAUUCCCUAUUUGUGUUGCAAUAUUAUUACUAGAAUUCCAAAUCGUAACAAAGCUGAUUAAAGAUAAAAAGAAGUUGUCAAAUACUUAAAGGAUAUUCAUAUUUGAAAUCCGAACUUCUUUGUGCAGAUAUUGAGGAUUUUUAUUAUAAGCAGGCAAAAUCUGUUGAAACUUAAUUCGUAUUUGACAGCCUGAUUUUAUGCAUAUUUACUCAGAUGCAAGUUCCAUUGACUAAGUAAUGUGCAUAGGACUUUGUCCUUAGAGGAUUAUCAGGUACAUAUUACUAAUGUUCUAUCUAGCUUGUAAUUGGACAGUGUUAAAUUUAGGAUAAUUGGUAUCUUUUACCAGAGUUGGAGUUCCAACAUGUGCUGCUUUUUGGCACAAAUCAACAUUUAUAGGACUCCUUGGAAUUUCUGACUUAGCUGCAGUGUACUUCGUUGCUACACUGCAGAUAGAUUACAUGUUCUGUUGUUUUGAAUCUAUCCUUGUGAUACUAGGAUUGUUUUGUUUUUAAAUCAGUCCUUGUGACAUUAGCUGAGGCAGAACAGAUGGCAGAAGACUGUAAACAUCAGUUGCACAAGUAAUUGAUUUGGAUAUUUAAUAUAGAAAGUUUUAUAAGAGCAGUAUUCUGAUAGAUUAAGGUAAAGGUACCCCUGCCCAUACGGGCCAGUCGUGUCCGACUCUAGGGUUGUGCGCUCAUCUCACUUAAGAGGCCGGGAGCCAGCGCUGUCCAAAGACACUUCCAGGUCACGUGGCCAGCAUGACAAAGCUGCUCUGGCGAGCCAGCACCAGCGCAGCACACGGAAACGCCGUUUACCUUCCCGCUAUAAAGCGGUACCUAUUUAUCUACUUGCACUUAGGGGUGCUUUCGAACUGCUAGGUGCGCAGGAGCUGGGACCGAAAGACGGGAGCUCACCCCGCUGCGGGGAUUCGAACCACUGACCAUACGAUCGGCAAGUCCUAGGCACUGAGGUUUUACCCACAGCGCCACCCGCUUUUUUUAUAAGUUUUUUAUAAAACUUUCUAUAUUAAAUAUCCAAUUGAUUUGGAUAUUUAAUAUAGAAAGUUUUAUAAGAGCAGUAUUCUGAUAGAUUACUUGGAAGUAAAUUUUGUACAUUCUAUUUACAUGGUUACACUAGAAGAUAGGGUCUUGGAGACAGUCUUGGAGCAACUUCCCAGCUAUCAUUUUCCAGUUUCUGUCUUAAGCAUGUUAGCAUUUAGAUAGAAAAUGCCUUGAGCAGCUUUUGUGUGAAUGGUGCAUGUAAAGUUAUAAUGGAUUGGCUGAUUUGCUUGCUACUUUUUAUGCAGCUUCUAGGUGAUUUCCUACAUGCUUAAUCUUUUUGUAUUUUCCUUACUGGGUAGCUGGCUAACUGAAAACCACUUAUCAGGUUAUUUACAUAUUAAUUCUUCAAUCCGUGGUUUUGUUCACAUGGCAGGCAUGGCAAAAAUUAGCUUAAUGUUGGUUACAGUAGGAAUGAUUGUUGAGUAGAGUGGGAUUGUUGUAUAGCGAUGAUUUUGAACUACAGAACUAGUUCAGUGUGAUCAAAGGGUCUCUUAGACUUGUUCACCUGUCCUCCAUGCCAAAUGACUACAGUCUGUUGUCAGAAUUACAGCGUCUUUCCAUAAGAGCGAAUUAAAUAUUUGGGGGAAAGUAUAUUGAAACUUUCUCUGAUCAUCUGUUUCCAUUUAUAUUUAAGCCCUUUGCCAUAGUGGUGUGGGUAGGGUUUGGAAGAAACAAAGUCUAUUUUUGAGUCCCAGCGACACUUUCCCCUGAAUUAGGUCACAUCUCUUGAACAUUCAUUGGCUCUGAACUUACGUGGAGGAAUGAUGGCGGACUAUGAUGACUGCUGGUGCUCCCAUUGGUACAAAUAGUUAAUGCAGUGAUUUAAAAGUAAUCAUGGUAUAAAUAUUGGUUACUAAACUCCAUUUUGAAAUAAGGGAGGUCAGGGAUCAACUUCAUCACACCAGAGACAAGACGUUUUCAGGGAUGGAAGAACAUCUUGAGUGAGGAACUUUCAUUGGGCCCACACAUGGCAUAAUUCAGGGCACCAGGUCAGCAAAACCACAUUCUUUUGAUUAUUUCAAGACUGGAAUUAAGCACAACUUGGAUUUUCUAUCUGCCACUUGAUUGGUACGCAGAAAGCAAACAGACUGCUGGAGGGUGAAAAAGUACUAAUCAGCAGGCUAAGGAGCAGGCUCAAAGGCUUAUUUUAGUUACUAGUGACUACAAAAGAUGAUAACAGAUGAGAAAUUGGUAUAAAAUCUUUAUAUUACCUGUGAUUCUCUGGUUGGGGUGGUAUUGAUUGCAAAAGUGAAGCUGCAGCUAAUCAGUGGGGAAUGGAAUGCUGGCUUGAAGAGACAGGCCCAAAUUUCUAGAAGCAGAGACUGCCAAGGGGGAGAUGAACAGCACCCAGUAUGGCAAAGAUACUGAUGAAUGCUUCAUCGAUUGUUGGUUUCAUAUGUUAGAUGAACAGCUGAUAGAACUCGAGAGAUGUGCAGAAUGGUAAAUGCACUUCCAGCAGAGAAACAGUGGGUUAAAGAAUGCACAGGACCUGUGGGAAAAGAUCUUGACCUAGGUCUGCCUGAACUUGAGAAGACAAAGGCAAGGUGGGUAACAGCAAGCGUUGAAACUGAGUGGAUACCCAUAGAGCUCUUCAGGACUGAAGCAGACACAGAAUGCUGUUGGGAUGCUGGAAGAGAUGAAUGGAAUCGGAGACACUAAGAAACAAUGAGAUUCAUAGAAUCAUAGUGUUGGAAGGGACCACAAGGGCCAUCGAGUCCAACCCCCUGCCAAGCAAGAUUGCAGAGACAGAGCUGAGGGGGGGGGGGGACUUGUGUACAAGCUGAAGUGAAGAAGAAAAAGCCUCCAAACUCUUUGUGAAUGAAAAAAAUGGGGUGUGUGUGACUUCUAUUAUCUAAGAUGGAGAAGAAUGGCAAACAAGAAAUGGGGCUGGAAUACAUGGAAUUGGGUACAAUUUAAUGAUGACUCAAGAAGUAAAUAAUUAUGGACUCUUAAAUUGUUCAGAUUUGUUGGAACCCGUGGAAGGAAAUUCCUCCUAUUGGAUCAGAGAAGGAUUAUCUUUGAUAUUUAAUAAUAACAAGAAGAGCCUCUCUGGACUUUUUGGGUGGAAAAAGGAAUGAAUGAUCUUGAGGUGUCUGGGGCUGAAAUUAGGAGAACACUGACUAGCAGAGUGAGAAACAGCUGGAUAUUAUCUUGAAACACAGCUAGAUGUUAUUUUGGAGUGCGCGUUUUGAAAAUUUUGAAUCAUCUUCAAACUCAAAACUGACAGAUGGAGAAUCGGAAGACCUUCACAUAGAGGAGGGAGAAAGGUUGUUUUCUGCUGCUCCAGAGAAGCGGACACAGAGCAAUGGAUCCAAACUACAAGAAAGAAGAUUCCAACUAAACAUUAGGAAGCACUUCCUGACAGUAAGAGCUGUUCAACAGUGGAAUUUGCUGCCAAGGAGUGUGGUGGAGUCUCCUUCUUUGGAGGUCUUUAAGCAGAGGCUUGACAACCAUAUGUCAGGAGUGCUCUGAUGGUGUUUCCUGCUUGGCAGGGGGUUGGACUCGAUGGCCCUUGUGGUCUCUUCCAACUCUAUGAUUCUAUGAUUCUUUAUAAUUAUUUUUCCUUUUCAUUAACUCUAUAUGUUCCAUGAAGGGUGAUGAUGAAAAGCCUACAUGAGAGGCAGGGUAUAGAGGAUCUCCCACGGUGGGAGGCUGUGGGAAGAGGGGAAGCGCCCGGGGGGAGCUGGGAGGGCUUUACCUACCUUUGUGUGGAUUAAGAGUAAAGAUAUAACCUUGAUAGAGGGUUUUGUAUUUUACUUUCUUCACACACACACAAAAUGUAACCUGCCUCUGUAGAAUCCUGGGAACUGUGGUUUGUUAAGGGUGCUGGGAACUGUAGUUCUGGCAGAUGUAAACUGCAGUUUCCAAGAUUCUUUGGGGAAAGCCAUGUGCUUUAAAUAUGUUGUAAAUGUAUUGUAUGACUAGGACCCUAUAUCCAAAGAGGACAUAUAAUGUUCUCUUAAUUGAGAGUAAAAAUGGCAUUGGCUGUUACAGCUAGUUCUUUCCCCCACCUUCAGCAAUGUUGUUUUGCUGUCCCAUGUUUUACUUUCCUUGGGUUUUCUUUUAGUUCUGUUGGCUUCUAUUUAGGUAAACGUAUUCACUGACACUUCUCAGUACAUGUAAAUUUAUUGUUUCUUCUAAGAUAAAUUAAAGUUGGUCAACAAAGCUGAGACUGUGUUCAAAUCCAUAGUAUGUAGAGAACUGUCUUUGUGAUUCGGAACUGGAAGGUAACUUAUCAUUGCUGUAGUUAAAAGCAAAAGUAAUUAUCCUCAACGGAUGUUCAUUUUAUUUCCUUCUCCAAAAAAGAAGGCAAGGCAGGUUUUCCAUACAUCCUAUUUCCAUAGCUCUCUUGCUGUUAGAAAACAUGCCCCAACCAACCAAUCUAAGUCUGCCAUACUGAAACCUUCUAAAAGUACGCCGUUGUAUGAAUCGGGACAUCCACCUCUGCCCUGAACCUUCUUCAGCUCUUCUGGCAUAUAGGGAUAGUCCUGACUUACCUUUAUAUAUGAUUAUUUUCAAGAUUUAAAAGAUAACGUAGGUGAACCAUUUUGAAUAUUUAAAAGUAUUAAUUUCACACUCGUUUGUUAAUUGAUUAUAGCAUGUAGUCUACACUGCAUAUUCCUUAACUAUUCUACCAGUCAUGUUUAUAACUACUGUACUAGUGUCCAUCAGUCUAAUCAAGCACGAGGGGCUGGUGUGCCGACUUCUAAGUCUAAAAAAGGCCAAACACCUGGAGGAGCUCAGUUUGUUGGCUUGGAACUGUACAAGCGGCUUAAAGAAUUUCUGAAGAAUUACUUGACAAAUCUUCUUAAGGUAAGACAGUAAUUGUAUCAGCUCAAAAGCUAAGGAUUUAAGGUAGUGCACAAGUUGCCUUUAAACUUCUGUGGAGCAUUUUGCUGUCACUUUUAAAAUACAUGUACAGUGGACACUCGGGUUGCGAACGUGAUCCGUGCGGGAAGCACAAUUGCAACCCGCAGCGCCACGUGUGCGCAUGCGUGGGUCGCAAUUCGGCGCUUCUGCACAUGCACAAAGCGCUGAAACCUGGAAGUAACCAGUUCUGGUACACCAGUUUCUUUGGGUUUCUGCCUCAUACUGUGGCCCUUUUGGAUGUAAUAUUGAGCCAUACUUUAGCACUUCAAACACUGGCAGCUGGAAGUGUAGACCUUGUACACUUCACUCUUAGAUGUGGCCAUGAGGAAGAUAAGCUGCAAUAAUAAUAAUAAUAGUAAUAUAAUAAUAAUAAUAAUAAUAAUAAUAAUAAUAUUUUAUUUGUAUCCUGCCCUCCCCAGCCGAGGCUGGGCUCAGAACAGCUAACAUCAUAAAAACAACACAAUAUGCAUAAAAACAGACAUCAAUUAAUUAAAAUACAUCUUAAAAGUAAUUCAGACAAGUUAAAAUCUGGGCAGGUGGCAAUUAUCAGGUUGGAAUUGAGAGUGGUUAACACUUGCUAGGACCAACUGUUUCCACUGAUCAUACAAGGACCUGUGAACGGGUUGGGGGCCUCCUUUGGGCUUGUUUUAUACAAAGGAAAGUAAGUCAAACUGCAUCCUAGCUCUGUCUUGCAGGCCCUGCAGAAAGAUGUCAAAUCCCACAGGGCCCUGGUCUCUUGUGGGAGAGCGUUCCACCAGGCUGGGGCCACGGCUGAAAAGGCCCUGGCUCUAGUCGAGGCCAGUCUAAUUUCCCUGGGGCCCGGGAUCUUCAAGGUGGUGUUGUUAGCAGACCGUAAGGUCCUCUGUGGGGCAUACCAGAAGAAGGCUUUUGCUUCCUUCUUAGCUUAUUCAGAGUUCCCCCAAUUUGGAUGUAAUGAGAAACUCUCAAUUGGUUUUAAGAGCAGGUGCCUUGUUCUGCUACUGCUUGGGCCCAUAACAAUCAUGGUUUGGCACAACACCUGCUCUGGGCCUGCCAGUCUCUGGAAUCUCAGAUUCUGAAUUACAGUGCUUGGCGCCUCUCAUUAGUUCAUAGACUGCUCUGAAACAUAGUAUUCAGCAAUAGGAUUAAAUAGGUGCAGGUUGAUCCCACCAAACAUUUUUUCAAAUGCUUGUCUGUUCUUCACAGACCUGUUCCCAGCAAGCUUUUGUCAUUCCAGUUGGAAUAGAAUUAAAGAGGCACUUUCCUAAAGAUGAUUUAAAUUGAACUAUGGUUGUCCUGCUCAGGUACAGAAGUAUUAAGAUGUCUGUUGUCUCUCAUAAAAUUGGUUCUACCUUUCUGCCCAGUGGUUGCAUUCCCAGUGUCAAUUUGGAGUAAGCCCUCUGGGGUUAAAAGAAAUGCUUAACGCAGGGAGUGGGGCUUAAGUACAUAAAUAAUAUGGCAACAGUUGCAGAAACAUCUCUGGCUAUCUGAGAUGAUGGAGAGCUGUAACCAGUUUUCCAAAAUGAUGAAAACUGAAGAAAUUCUAUAAGCCUAUGACUUUGCAGGAAGCAAAGAUGGACAUGGUCUCAUGCCUUAGAAAACGUGUCUCCUUGGGAUCCAAAUCACUGUGAGAAGCAAUCAAGGAUUGCUAAGGCUCCCGCUGUACUCUGACCUCGGGCAUAUCACAGACGUCCUGCUUGUGUCUGGCAUUACCCCCCCCCCCAAUUUCUCUUUCAGGAUGGCGAAGACUUGAUGGAUGAAAGUGUGUUGAAAUUCUACACUCAACAGUGGGAGGAUUAUAGGUUUUCAAGCAAAGUGCUGAAUGGGAUUUGUGCCUACCUCAAUCGACACUGGGUUCGUCGUGAGUGCGAUGAAGGCCGCAAGGGAAUAUAUGAAAUCUAUUCAGUAAGUAUUCCUAGAAGGUGGUAACUUUCAAUGGAAAAGUAUUUGUGGGAUGUCUUGUUUGUUUUUAAAUGGGUAGACACAAGAGCUUUGUGUAGCUUUGUUUCUACUGCGGCAUCACAAAAUGUUCAUAGCAAGUUUUUUUUAUUAUGAAUGCUCUACUGCUAUGAAACAUGAGCCAUUAGCCUGUGGCAAUCCACAAGUUUUUGGCCUCAUCCCUGAUCAUUGGCCAUUCUGGCUUGGACUGAUAGGGCUGGAGUUCAGCAACUCCUGGAGGGUCACACUUCUGCUAUAAAAUAGAACCUGCACUACUGGCGUGAGAGGGCCAGUUAUGCUCCUUGUCUUCUGGAUCUCUCAGUGGCUGCAUUUGAACAUCAUCGGGACCUGCUGUUGAAUCUCUGGGUAAUUUGCAGAGUUUCUGAAUCUUGGCCAUUCACUGAUAUGUGGCAGUAAAAGAGUCUUGUACUCUCUCAGAGAAUAAUAAAUGCAUUAUGGCAUAAGUUUUGUGCAUGAAGUGCCUCCGAAAUUAGGCUGGAGAAACAGAAAGCUUAAGGGAAAGACCACAAUUGGUUUUUUCUGUGAAAGUGUAAUUCACUGAAAACAAAUUCCUGGACAUUUUAGUAAGCAUACAUAGGAUUGUACUACAAACUUAUGCUCAUUCCCUUUUCCUUCUCCUGCAGUUCACUAUUUUGCACCUGAUUGUAGGUGAUAGAACAUCGGGUUCUAAUUAAAAACAAAGAAACCCCACAUUCCAGCAAGCCUGCAGUCUGUCCAGUCUUGCCCUAAGGCAGAGGUGUUGCUCAGUAAGUCCACUUAGCAGGCAGCCUCCAUGCAGUUUUACAGGGCUUGGGAAUCCCUUGAAAGACAAUGUUCAUUAGAAAAUGUUUAUUGAAAGAAGAAAGUUCUGAAAAGCACAGUGUGUUUGUGCUGUAGACCACAAACUUCUAUUUUCUUCUGUUAAAUCCUAGCUUGCCCUUGUCACCUGGAGGGACUGUUUGUUCAGGCCAUUAAAUAAGCAGGUAUGUAUUUGCAGUGAUUCCUAUAUUUUCUUAUAAGGUUUGCCUUAAUUAUUUAUAGGACUAAUGAAUUGUUUAUAGGACUAAAAGUAUAAAUAUAUAUCCAUAUUCUUUAAGUAAAAGUUAUAACCUGUCAAAUAAGUCAGUAUCCUGCCCAGAAAAGACAUACUGUAUUUUUCGCUCUGUAAAACACACUUUUCCCCUCCUAAAAAGUAAGGGGAAAUACAUGUGCGUCUUAUGGAGCGAAUGCAGGCUGCGAGGCUAUCCCAGAAGCCAGAACAGUGAAAGGGAGUGCUGUGCAGCACUCCCUCUCGCUGUUCUAGCUUCUGCCUUAGCGGGGAGCCUUCAUCCCGCUGCCCUGUGGAGGCUUCGCGGGCUAUCCCAGAAGCCAGAACAGCAAGAGGGAGCGCUGCGCAGCUCUCAUUUAAAUCUUUAAUAAAAAAAAAUUGGUCUGCUGAAAAGUAGUUUAUCAUUAUGCAUAUAGUUAAUAGCUGCCUUAAACAGUAGUUAAUCACAUUUGAUUGUACAUAAGUAUUCUGUGUUAUUAAUAGCAUACAGUACAGUGGUACCUCGGGUUACGUACGCUUCAGGUUAAAGACUCCGCUAACCCAGAAAUAGUGCUUCAGGUUAAGAACUUUGCUUCAGGAUGAGAACAGAAAUCGUGCUCCGGCGGCGUGGCAGCAGCAGGAGGCCCCAUUAGCUAAAGUGGUGCUUCAGGUUAGGAAUAGUUUCAUGUUAAGUACGGACCUCUGGAACAAAUUAAGUACUUAACUAGAGGUACCACUGUAAUGUUAUAUAAGUUCAUAGUUCUAACUAUAAUGUUUUAAAAACAAAAGAAAUAUGUUUUAUACCAGAGGCAUCUUGAUAGCUCCUGAUAACAGCAUACUUUGGAAAUGCAUUUUUAAUCAUUUUACUUUUCAGUCCUUAUAUCCCUAUAGGAAACUGUUAGAAUGAAAGGGCUGAAAUGGGUCAACCUGGGAAGGGGGCAUUGCCAUGGAACUGGUCUCCCCGAAGCCCUACCACUGUUCUCAGGGGAGUAGAGGUUGGUGUAGAGGUGGGAGACCAGAUUGACCCCACUGCUGUGCUUGCACCACACUGGACCUUCCCCAUCUCCCAGUAAGCCCCGUAAGCAUGGCUGAUGGGAGGCCAGUGUUUGGUGAUGUCCUUCCCCAGCAGCCACUUGAGUCACAUGCCAUCUACCUGGAGGCAGAAUGCUUCUGAAGACUGGAUAGUUACACAUGAUUCAAGAGAGCUAAACAUGCUCCAGAGGAAAACAAUUAAAAUGAAAAUAAUUAAUAUUCACCUUUGAUUUUGAACUAUAAGGAUUUUUGGGUGACCCUAAGCUUUCAAAUGUAUGCAUUGGUGCUUUGUGUAAUUGGUUUAAAUAACUAGUUUGUCUUCACUUUAUUUCCUUUUUUAAGGUAACAAAUGCUGUGCUGAAGCUGAUUGAAAAGGAAAGAAAUGGUGAAACAAUCAAUACAAGACUGAUCAGUGGAGUUGUGCAGUCUUAUGGUAAAAUAUUUUUUAUUGGUAACUUCUCCAUGCCAGACCUGUACAACUCCCAACUAUUUGCAACCCUGUGGAUGAAUUUGAAAUCUCCCUUAUUUGCAGUCCUUUUCCUACCCCAUGCCUGGUGUGUUGUAGAGUUAGCAGAAUAUCAGCUGCUUCAGCUAAUCAGUUAAGUUGCAUAGCCUCGUGUUUAAGACUUGCAACAACAAACUGUAUGACACAAUCUGGGUCUAAUGCCUGCUUCGUCAUGAAGUUCAAUAUACCUGCCUACUCUCCGUGUGUAAAUAGUUGGGAGAGUGAAAGCUUUAUAUGUUGCUUAUAUUGAAUGCCCUUUUUAUAAUGCCCUUAGAAACAAUUACAUCCACCCAUUGUUAAGAUGGCAGAAGGGAAGAACAUCUCUUACAAAGACCUGUUUUUUGUUGUCUGAUAUAGAGAGGUAUAUAUCCUUUAGAACAUCCAGAUUUCUUGCCAAGACUUUACAGAUUCGUGUAAUAAAACUUAAAGGGGGGAUGGGAAAUGAUUUUUUGUGUAAAAGUCAGGGAGUAGAAAUGUAAACCACUAUUGUUAGCUGUAUUCUUCUUAUUUUUAUGUGUGUAAUGGCUGCUUGCUAAACACAGUACAGUGGUACCUUGGUUUAAGAACACCUUAGUUUAAGAACAACUUGGAUUAAGAACGCUGCAAACCCGGAAGUAGGUGUUUUGGUUUGUGAACUUUGCCUUGGAAGCAGAACAUGUUUUGCUUCCUGUUGAGUGUGUUCCAUUUGUAAAUUGAGUUAAAUUUGUAAACCAAGGUACCACUGUAAAUCACACAAUGAUCGAUCAAAGAGUAUAAAACAGCAGGGGAGAGAGGUAGGAAUAGAGCAAUAGAGAAUUGAAGACUGAAGGAAGAAAAAGUCUGCAAUCCUAACCCCACCAAUUGGGGAGUAAGCACUGAAUUCAGUAGUACGUCUGAGUAGACGUGGCUAGGAUUGUGCUGAAAGAAGGAAUUGGAGCAAAAGUUACGCACUUCUGCGCUAAGUCUUGUGGACACCUUCAACUAUGAUGUGGAAGACAGAGCUCGCUUCAGAUGUAGAAGCAAGAGACUUGAGCACUAUGAAGGUAUGUGGCAGUGAAAAGCCUUUUCAGGAAGCCACUUUUGCCUAAUAAACAAUGUUGUUUUGGGGGAAAAUAUGUUGUGAUGCAGCUGCCACAAAUGAAAACUACUUUGUCUAAAUGUUUCCUUUAAGGUUGCUGUCCUAGGGCGCUCCUAUCUAUGAGUAAAUCUUUUUAAUCUUGGUUGGGAUUUUGCUCCAAGUCACAGAUAGGGAACUUCAGUCUGUGGAUCAAAUGUAGCACUCCAGGCUUCUGCAGUUUGAAGGAGAGGUAUGGGGGGGGGUUUGGUAGGAGCUCACCUUACUCUGAGUUUUCAGACACUUCCUCUGCAUUUCUUCUUCAAACCCUUGUGGGGGUUUAAACAGAAGCACAAGGGGGCAUUUGAAAGCCUUGUGGUUUGCUUUGAAGUCCCAGUGUUGGGGGCUAGAAAGAGAAGCAUCCCCUGACAUCACUGUGUCAGGAGCUGGCAAGAUUAAGAUGUGGCUUCGUGGCCAGAAAAGGUUCACAAUCCAUGUUCUUGGGCUGCAGUUACUGAAAUAAUAGUUUUGUCUGCAGUUCUAACAGCUUGAAUUUAAAAGAGAAAAUAUUUACCAUUUUGAACUUUUAAAAAACACCUCUGCAAACAAAACAAAAUUAUUAGAAUUUAUAGCCAUGGCGAUAUGCUAUGCUGUGAGACUGGCUUGAACUGCAGAAGCGUGCAAUCUUGUAAUUUUAUGUGCAGGUUCUUCAUCCCACUUUCAGCAUUCUUAGAUAAAGUUGAUGGAAUCUUUCUGAAUGGAUUGAUAAUUUUGCAGUUCAUUAGGCAUAGGUACAAACAUAGAACCUUUCCUAUUCAGCAGAAUAACUGUAUGAUUUAUUUAUUUGCUUUGUCCCUAUGUUUCUAGUGGAGCUAGGUCUGAAUGAAGAUGAUACUUUUGCUAAGGGCCCUACACUGACAGUGUAUAAGGAGUCCUUUGAGUCUCAGUUUCUUGCUGACACAGAGAGGUUCUACACAAGAGAGAGCACUGAAUUUUUGCAACAGAAUCCAGUUACAGAAUACAUGAAAAAAGUAAGUGCACUUGCAGUACUUGCUGCCUAGAUCUUGAAACUGCUUAUGGAAUUAGAAGUAAUAGGAUUGUUUUUGCAUGGUAGAGGUUCGAGGGGUUACUUAGUUCUAGUCAAGCUGAAUCCCUCAUCUUCUUUUCAUAAUUCCUGUAGUUUAGGUUUUGUUUGUAUAAAAUUCCUCCUCUUCGUUUGUCAGCUGGUCUAACGUUAAUAUAGAAUGUUCAUAUUCUAAGUUGGGGGUGCUUUCCAGUCUGGAGCUGGCGCUACAACCAGCUCCGAAUCUUGCCUGAUCCUGUCCAGCUCAGCCAUGGGGGGCUUUCUGCCUGUCUGUUGUCAGGCGGAAUGGCAAGCACUCUGCAGGUGGCAAGAUGCCAGUGGAUGCCAGAAGGCCUGCCUGAUCCAACCUAUGCCCCCCCCCCAAAAAAAGUUGAUACAAAGGAGGGUUGGAUUGCUCUGUUAGCCAUCUUUCUACUAAAACCUUUCUUUAAAAAAGAGCAUCCUUCUGCUAUUUUUCUGGCACUCUGACAAGAGCAGCUCACAGGCUCCUCUCUUGAGUUCUCACUUCAACCACAGUUUGGAGAAGAUAAAAAAUAACAGGAACCACCGCUGCUGUUCUUACCUUAUCCAUAUCCCACUGCAAAUGCAAUAAAUCUCUGCCCCUUCGCGCUGCCUAUUUUGCACAUGUCAGAGGGAUUCAGGAAAAGGAAAGUGGUUUGUGGUAGAGGCUGACUGUCAGCCAAGCCAGUACUUGCAUAACCCCUGAUGAUCCAAAUAAGUGUAUGGAGGUGACACAUAACUCAAUGGCACAGUUUGUGCUUUGUGGAUUCUUAGGUUAUCGGGUUCCCCAGCCAUUAUUUCAUACCCACACCCACCUGUUUUGUAUUUAUUCCUUUUUAUAUGCCACCUUGGGGUUCUUUUGGGAUGAAGGGCAGCUUAGAAAUAUAAUCGAUAACAGCAAUAAUAAUUCCUGAGAUUUGUUGAAAACUGAUUCCAUUUCAACAGUAUUGAGCUAGAUAGAUCAGUGAUCUGAGUCUAAGGUAGGUCCAUAUACGUGCCACUGGGAAAGGGUUUGAAAACUUGUUCUUAAUAUGCUUCUUCAAAUAUGAAUUCAUAACAUUUCAUCAUAGAAAUAGCAGCAAAACCACUUGCGACUUCUUGCGACUUGGACGUUAGGACCAUUUCAGACUUUGCUUAUUUGCAGGCUGAAGCCCGCCUCCUGGAGGAGCAGCGGAGGGUUCAGGUGUAUCUCCACGAGAGCACGCAAGAUGAGCUGGCUCGGAAAUGUGAACAAGUACUGAUUGAAAAACACUUGGAGAUAUUUCAUACAGAAUUUCAGAACCUGUUGGAUGCUGACAAAAAUGAAGGUUAGCAUUCUCAACUUGACUUCUAGACAUUUAUGAGUAAUGUGAAGAAUGUGAUAGACCUUUGCCCAGGGUGGCUUCCUCUACUUAAAAUUUACAUAAAAUUGGGUGUGGGGGAGAAGAACAAAUUUAAAAAUACUUGAUUUGUAAUUUUUCAAAGAAUUACAAUGCAUAGGAAUGUAUUUUUGCCAUAUGAAAAAUCUACUUUCAAUUUCUGUGAUUAAUAGCUUUUAAAAUUAAAUGACAAGGAUUUUAAGGUGACCAUCACUUGCAUUAGUAGACAAAUUCAGUUUGGCCUAGUUAUAAAUACUGCCAGAUGCUAAGCAUAGGAAAAUGGGUUAAAAUAUGCAAAUUUUGUUGUUGUUGUUUAGUCAUUUAUUCGUGUCCGACUCUUCGUGACACGACUUCCCGGAGCAGGAACCGGCAAGCCACUCCAGUAUCCCUGCCAAGAAAACUCCAUGGACAAAGACAACAGGCAUAUAAAAAUAUGCAAAUAGGGGAAUUUUUGUGUGUGUGGUAUAGGACAUUAGUUUCAUGGGUCUGAUUGAAAACUUCAGUAUUCGUUAGACAUAAUGGACUUUCCAGGCUGUUUAAAAGCCAUUGUAAUAAAAAUGUUUACCUAAAAGUGUUAUUUAUGGCUUGGCCUGAAAGAAUUGUCAAGACACUUUCUAUAGGAUGGGUUUUAGGUCUCCUGCUAUGUCACCAGAUGUCAGUGAUGGUGUGGUGGAAAAGUUUCUGAUGCAGAAUUCUUCAGCAGAAUUUUUUGCAGUUGUUCAAAACCACAUUUUCCCAUAAAAUUAAUCAGUGAGUGGAUAUAGUUUAGGGUAACAAAUUUAAAACAGAUGCCAUUUUCAUUUUACAUUAAUUUAUUUAUAUUUUAGGUUUUUCCCGUAGCCAAAAUUAGUUGAACUGAAAUAUGUGUUUAGGAUAAAAUUCAGUAAAUGCACUUAGUGUAGUAUAGAUUUUCAUGCAAAGAAUAAAAAAACUUAUUUUUAUUUGACUAUUUCUGAACAUUUUUAGACAUGACAGAAUAAUUUAAAUUUUCAAGAUGAAAAUUAAGGCACUGUAAACCAUUAACAUUAACCAUUGACGGCGUUCCGUGUGCUGCGCUGGCUCGCCAGAUGCAGCUUGUCACGCCGGCCACGUGACCUGGAAGUGUCUGCGGACAGCGCUGGCUCCCGGCCUAUAGAGUGAGAUGAGCGCACAACCCUAGAGUCUGGCAAGACUGGCCCGUACGGGCAGGGGUACCUUUACCUUUUACUUUAAACCAUUAACAUGUUUUUCAUACUAAAAACUAACACACAAUAAAGUUUGUUUCUGAGGGAUAGUCACCUGAAAAGUUUCUUAUGUUUGAUUUUAGAUUUGAAUGGUAUUGUAUAUUUUGUAGUCGCCUAGUUUGACUUGUGUUAUAUCCACUCAUUAUACUGCAAAUAAAUUUUAUGAAACCAAUGCGUAUUACCUCUGAAAGCUUUCCCCACAACUUCACUGGUUUUGAGCAAUUUAAAACUGAGUCCACUGUGUUUGUGCGGAGCAGUACUGAGCCUUAUUCAGUAACCAAGUAUUGUCCUAUUUUUGUAGAACAUCAAGCAAGUGUAAACAUGUAAUAGUUACCCAUAAAAGGAUGAAUAAAUUUAAUGUGGGGUUAGAGAAUUUAGUCAUUUGCCUUGCAACAGUGGUGGUUUGAUUUUUAAAAACUACAAAGUUUAUAUCCCUCAAAAUCAACUUUUUCCUAAAAAUGUUUUUUGAUUGCUAGCUCUAGAUCUCCUGAAGGAUUUUUGGUUGGCAGACAUUUCUUUCACUUACCUGCCCAGUUAUAGGUGCCUUAAAUUUAUCAGGAUUCCGCUAUUGAGAGGGGAACCCUUAACCUCAGUGAAGCUGUUCUGUGGAGCACCACUCGUGUCAUUCAUCAUCAAGUUAAAACUCAAUGUCCUAUUUUGUCCUGCUUAUUCAUGAUUUUGGAUAACAUUGACAAUAGUUAAAUUUAAGCGUUAAGGUUUUAAAGUUUUCCUGCUCUGGAAUUACGAUGGUUUAGAUGGUUCUGAUAUGUUUGCAAAUGUAUUUCUUGUUUCCUGAGCAGUUCUCAGAUGCAGAACUGACGUUUGUACAACUGAAAGGAUCUGUUUCCUCUUUUCCAGACUUGGGGCGCAUGUACAGCCUUGUGUCUCGAAUCCAAGAUGGCCUUGGGGAGCUCAAAAGACUUUUGGAAACACACAUCCACAGCCAGGGUCUCUCUGCCAUUGAAAAGUGUGGAGAAGCUGCUCUUAAUGCAAGUAUUUCUUCCAAAGGAACUUUGAUAUCUUGAAUCUGGGCACAUUGCCCCAGAUUCACCAUAGGUUUGAUAAGGAGUUGAAAGAGCAAGAGACAGACCAACUGCAGUGUAAGAAUUACUAGACUUUUCCUGCAGGGUCAGGAAUAUCUACAGGGACUUCAAACAUUGCUGAUUCAGGACUGGGUCUGUAAUAGGCGGUGACAGUAUACGCAAGCAGAGAGUUACGGCUGGGGCUGGUGGGUGCCCCGUGACCUCUCAAUCUGUAGCCUCGUGCUGUGAUACAAACUGAGCUAAAGAGAAAUGAUGGCUUCAAAAUAUGGCAUUAAAAAGCUUGAAUGCAUCUCUGCCGGAUAAUAGACUGGUGCUCUCACCUCAUCUAACCUUGGGUAUUUUUUCUUGAUAAGAAAGGGGGCCAUUGUAUGUGAGAUCCUGAGCUGCUUGGCCAGUGAACUUGCCCUAAGUAGACAAGUGACUUGUUGAAGAUAUCCUGGUCUCUUGUGGCUAUAAGCAUCUUAUUUUCAAUUACUGCUUUAGUCGCGGACGUAGAGCUUCCUGAAUUCUGCCUCAACUCUCUUGUGAAGUUUUUGUCAGUCAGGAGGACUACUCAUUAUUUGAUUCACAUUUUACAAUCAUAUUUGAUAUUAUAGGGUCCAGGGGUGUUAAGCUUUCUCCAAGGUGAGCUUGCAUUGUGGUGAAGUAAUUAAAGGAUUUUCUGUCGGAAGAAAUGAUGAGGUGUUCAGUGUAGUAUGUUUUUCUGAAACUUAACACUCAAUCAAGUUCUGCUUUUGAAAUGUCUUUAUUGUUUGUCAGUUGUUUAAGUGCUGAAAAUGUUGCCUUAAAAUCUGUAGCUGUGAGAAUUCUGAAAUAGGGCAAUUUUGUCAUCUCCCUCUCUAAUUUCUAGGAUCCCAAAAUGUAUGUACAGACUGUGUUGGAUGUCCAUAAGAAAUACAAUGCACUGGUCAUGUCUGCUUUCAACAAUGAUGCUGGCUUUGUGGCUGCUCUAGACAAGGUAAAUGGACUUAAACUUUGUAGUUGUCCUUGAUAAUUACUCAUUUUGAGGAUGUCUGCAAGUUUAACUUCUUUGUGUGUAUCACAGGCUUGUGGUCGAUUUAUAAAUAACAAUGCAGUAACAAAAAUGGCCCAGUCAUCCAGUAAAUCCCCAGAGCUGUUGGCACGGUAUUGUGACUCUCUGCUCAAGAAAAGGUAUGUGUUCCAUGGGGAACUCUGUGACUUCUGCAAGUUAGUAGUAGACUAGAGUUGUUCACACACCAUUCAUGAAAUGAAAUGAAAUUCCAUUCUAACUGUUGAUCAAGGAGUCUUGUGCACACUUCUAAUCUUUACCUGUAGCUGGGAAAACUUAUUUGUAGGUUUCAGUCUGGUUAUUCCUACAUGUUAACCUUCUUUAAUCCCUUACACACAGAAAAAUUCUGUCAGAAAUGCUCAGCUACAUUACCUUUCUGGGGCCCCUCUUUGACUCAGGAUUUUCCACAGGGAGAGACUGAAACUGUGUACUCUUUAAUGAGGAUGCAGUCUUCCAGGAUUAAGAAAAAUCUAGCACUAAAAUAUCUGCAGGAUUUCCUGGUUCAUUCAUUCAUGACUCACAGCAGUAAAAGAGGGUAGGUAAGGGAGCAGCAGUUCAGUGAGAGAUCAGUGUCCAGUCUGUCUCGGGGAGACUAACAUUCCUGUUGGUAUAAUGCUUGGGAACGGUUAGAUCAGGGGUCAGCAAAAUUUUUCAGCAGGGGGCCAGUCCACUGUCCCUCAGACCUUGUGGGGGGCCGGACUAUAUUGGGGGGGGGGAAUGAAAUAAAAGCACACAUUCUACUCAUGUAAAAACAUGCUGAUUCCCAGCCCGUCCAUGGGCCAGAUUUAGAAGGCGAUUGGGCCGGAUCCGGGCCCCGGGCCUUAGUUUACCCAUGGGUUAAGGUAAAGGUAAAGGGACUCUUGACCAUUAGGUCCAGUCGUGGCCGACUCGGGGGUUGCAGCGCUCAUCUUGCUUUAUUGGCUGAGGGAGCCGGCGUACAGCUCAGCAUGGUCAUGUGGCCAGCAUGACUAAGCCGCUUCUGGCGAACCAGAGCAGCGCACGGAAACACCGUUUACCUUCCCGCCGGAGCGGUACCUAUUUAUCUACUUGCACUUUGGCGUGCUUUCGAACUGCUAGGUUGGCAGGAGCAGGGACCAAGCAACAGGAGCUCACCCGUCGCGGGGAUUCGAACCGCCGACCUUCUGAUCAGCAAGUCCUAGGCUCUGUGGUUUAACCCACAGCGCCACCUGCAUCCCAUGGGUUAGAUGCUGCUUAAUUGUUGUAAACUGCUGCCUUUUGGAGAGCUUUAUUGCUGCAACUAAGCUGUGCAUAUCCUGAGCUUGUUGUACUGGAAAGUAAAGGAGAUUUUAUGAAUUGCAAAUGGUAAGCAUGUUGAACUGUAACAAAAAUGAUGCCCUUUUUACCACAGCUCAAAGAAUCCAGAGGAAGCCGAGCUUGAAGACACACUCAAUCAAGUGGUAAGGUUCUUACUCUAAGCUAUAUUCUGCAUUCAAAUAAUUCUUUUUGCAGACUGCUUUAGAAUGAAAAUUGAAUGAAGAUUGAGAGAAUUGUGGAAAAAAACUUAUCAGCAUCUGUGCAUAUGUUUUAAACUAUUUGUUACAGCCCUUAAAAAUAAUUAAAGUGAACAUUGGUUUGUGUAUGCUUACAUUUAUGUAAAUUUAUAUUGUGCUACAUGUUCUGAAAGAUUUGAAAUGUUUGAAAUCUUAAAUGUUUUUAAAAGUGUUAUAAUAUUUUAGUGAGCUGAAAGUUGAGAUUUUUUUGAAUACUUUUGAAUUGUUUGCAUUUAGAAAAUAAUGCUAAGAAUACAUGCUUUUUCCAGAUGGUUGUCUUUAAGUAUAUUGAAGACAAAGACGUAUUUCAAAAAUUCUAUGCCAAAAUGUUGGCAAAACGGCUUGUGCACCAGAACAGUGCUAGUGAUGAUGCUGAGGCAAGCAUGAUCUCCAAAUUGAAGGUGAGUUGUGUUUGGGCCUCUCCCUCACCACCUUCCUUUCCAGGAUUACACUGCAAAGCAGCCCCUCCAGAAUGUGCUAGAAUACAGUUUCCAUCACCCUGACUGUCAGCUAUGCUGGUGGAAGACAAAUAAGGCUCCCCACCCCCACAGUAAAAGAAUCCCAAGAAAAAUACAUAAGCAUGCUGGUUGGAUUUUCUCUUUUUUAUGUACUGGGGUUCUUACAUACUUCCUUUACUAGAGUUAGAUGGCUGUAGAAUAGUAAUCAGCCUCCAAACGGCUCACCAAACUUUCUUAGUGAAUGUUGCUGAAGCAUCUAUAGGCCAAAAGAGCCUCUACAAAUUCUGUCACACAGCGACUCCUGGUGAUUCGUUUGUGUGGCUGUGGCACACAAGCUGGCUGUCAGUGGCUGGGAAGAGCCUGCUCAGUGGCUGCCAGCCCGGGGUCUUAGUUUGGGGGUUAUUCAGGAUAAUUAAGCAGCAUAAGAACCAUGAAGCUCUUAGGUAUAGUAUCAAAUUCAAUAUGUCAGUGCUGACUGGUGUCUGCAGUCUCAAGUCAGAGAUAUUUUCCAGCCCUGCCAUUUGGGGUUUUUUUUUAAAGACCUUCUACAUGUGAAGCCCGUUCUCUGCCACUGAGCUAUGACAUCCCAAGUAAGCUCACAAAAGUGACAGUCUGGGCUUUUCUCAAUUGUCUACAUGCCUGUGAAAAACAAUAGCGAGUGAGGUGAAGCAACAAUCCAACUUUCCCAUUAGGUUUGCCUUUGAGGAACCCAUUUUAGCCCAGUGACUGGUAGGGUCAAAUUAACAAGAGGGGGGAUCAUAACACUUGUGUGUCUGUCUUCUGCAACUUGAGGUAGACCUCAACCAUGACAAGUUACAAAUUUAUUGCUGUGUGGUUGCUCUUUCUGUUGGCUUUGCUGUGUUCUGGUUCUGCUCAGCUAGGGCUGCCUUAUGUCUGGAAUUUCCGCCUUUUUAAAUAGGUGUGUUUUGUUGUUGGUAGUUUCUACUAUUGGAUAAUUUUGGAAACUGGGUCCUGCUGUAAGAUGUGUGGGUCUUUUCUUCUCUCUCAUAAACUGUUCUGUGGUUAAUUACAGCAAGCUUGUGGCUUUGAGUACACCUCAAAGCUUCAGAGGAUGUUCCAAGAUAUUGGUGUAAGCAAAGACUUGAAUGAACAGUUUAAAAAGCACCUGUCCAAUUCGGAGCCAUUGGAUUGUAAGUUAAUCUAACUAUUUGUUUUAAAACCUGAAUGGUUGAGUAGCCAAUUUCUUUUUUUUUUAUGUGAUGAAAGUGAACAAUUGAUGAAGAAAUGACAAUUCUUGCUCUCAAGAAUAAGCAAGUGGUAAAAUGUGUUUGAGUCGAGCAAAGUGUCUCGUGCCAGUGGUGUCGGUCGUCUUGUAGGUUUGGUUAACUCAAAAGUGCAUUGGACAUACUAUUUGUGCAACUGGCUCAUAUUUGGUCUAAUUUGGCAAGAGCCACUGUAAUUCAAAAUGUGAUCUAUUAGACCCUAAGUUUUAAAUAUAAGCCUAUUUAAUCUUCCCCAAUACAUUUUAUUUGAAAGAACAGAAAGCUCUGUUUUUAUAUAUUCAGUAUAUAAAUACUGAAAGAAAGAGUGUAUAUGUGUUUUCCUUUUUUCUCUUCCAGUGGACUUUAGCAUACAGGUUCUGAGCUCUGGAUCGUGGCCCUUCCAAAUGUCUUGUGCAUUUGCUCUCCCCUCAGAGGUGGGUGCAUUAGUGUUUUAAGCUUGCAUUUCCAUUUACAUGAGAGUUGUAAUCUGUGGGACGAAUGAAUGAAUGAAUGAAGCCAAGGUGCUUUGUGCAAUUUAUAAAGGUGGCUUCCCUGCCUCCCACAUCUAUGAGGUGUACAGUUCAUUGAGCACUUACUAUAAUGUGUUCAGUCUGGAUGAGAGCCAUCUGUAAAUUGCUCCUUAACCACUUGAAAUGGUGGGGUAUUAGUGGGUGGCUGUCACAGAUGUAAAGCAGACCAAGAAUCAUAGAGUGGUAGAGUCAGAAGGGACUUCCAGAGUCAUCUAGUCCAACUCCCUGCAGUGCAGGAAUCACAACACCCCAGAGACGUCUGGUGAAACACAUUUAACCGUGAUGGCGUAUGGUCAGAUUUUACAGUGAAUUACUGUUCCAACCUCUCCACUUCAUUUCGAGAACAGUCCAGUUUCAGCAUGCUUUCUGUACUAGGCAGCACUUGAAUCUCUGCAGUCAAAAGAAAAGGAACUCUUGCCUUCUGUCUGUAUUCUUGCUUUUGGACUGCCUUCCUCAAUAAGAGCCAGGCAGUUCUUGCAGAAUUGCUGGUGGAUAUUCAUUCCACCACAGUAUUCACAGUAGGGGGGAGUGGAAGAGGAUGUUGGGAGGAGUCAAAGUGAGCAACUGGCUGGAGAGUGUAGCUGUAAGGGAGGUGGAUGAAACUAUAUUUUAAAUAGGAUGCUAUUCUGAAACCUAAGAUACCCUUUUUAUUACGGUCAGUGACAUAAACUGGGCAGUUAUGUUAGAUCAGGAAUCUGGAACUAUAGUAACCCUGUGUAAAGAAGGCAUAUUCUGAAUGUAAUUAGGUCCCUUAAUUAAACUAGUGUAUUUAUUUGGAACUGUCUGUCUUCUGGUCUGGGUGGAUUCUAAGGGGACUCUCUUUCCAACUGUCUGGGUUAGCUGUAAUGGAAAAAAAAUAUAAAAGGAGAAUUCUCUUGCUCUCUUAAGUCAGUGGCUAAUGGCAGCAGGUAUUUUGAGGGAAGUCUGAACUCAGCGGGGCAGUUGAGGUACUGACCUUAGUGACCUCCGGGCGAUAAGCCCUUGUUGGGAACCCAGGGAACAUCAUAAGGGCUUUUUCUGUUAUAGUGCAGGAGCUUCCUGCAAAUUGUUUCAAUUCUAUUACAUGCAUAUUGCAAAUGCCCUUUAGUUUUUCAAUGAAGACAAGCUGAUAAAAGGUCUAAUCUGAUUUUAAAACUAGGUUGGUAAAAUAAGGCUGAAAACGUGACAUUUACAUGGCUGUGUUUUUGCUUUGCUUUGCAAUAUGUAGCUGGAGCGCAGUUACCAGAGAUUUACUGCUUUUUACGCUAGUCGCCAUAGUGGAAGAAAACUGACAUGGUUGUAUCAGCUCUCCAAAGGGGAACUGGUUACCAAUUGCUUCAAAAACAGAUACACUUUACAGGUAAGGUGCACCCUUGUGCUGUUGAUACGAAGGUUCUACAAGUAUCAGUAACUGAGUAUAGAGUUCGUAGGAUCAUAGGAUUGUAGAGUUGGAAGGGACCCCAGGGUCAUCUAGUCCAACCCCCUGCAAUGCAGGAAUCUCAGCCAAAGCAUCCAGGACAGAUGGCCACGCAACCUCUGCUUAAAAACCUCCAAGGGAGGAGAGUCCACUAGCUCUUGUGAGAGUCAGUUCCACAAAUUUAGAAAUCUGUACUUGACUGCUGCUCUUAGAGUUACGUUUGCAUAUGGAGAGCAGCUUGCGGAAGCUGCUUUAUCUCCCAGAAUAAGGAAGUAUACAGGCUGGAGUGAGGUUUGGUUUGGUGCAAAGGAGUGAGACACAGGAGCUGCAGCUCUCCCCAGAUUCAUUUUUAUGCUGCCCAUUAAUGGUUUAAAUAGCUACUUUCUUCUCCCUCCCCUGCAUCAUUCUCACUCUAUAAGGCUCUUGGCCGGCUCUCGAUAGCAAAGUCCUGAGCAUACACACGCACCCGUGCACCGAUUUUAGAGGAGUCCUUGGCGAAGGGUGCUCUGUAAAGCCAAAAUAGCUAACACUUCCAGUUGGCUCAUUUGAAUUCAUUUGUUUGAUAAAAGCAGGCAUGUCCAAAGUCUGUUUCGGGGGCCUAAUCUAGCCCCUGUGGCAGUUUAUUUCCUGUGGCAAAAUCCUAAAAAAAGCUCAACAACUUUGGCAUGUUCACUUCAUCAAAUCUGUCCCUCUUUGAAAAAAGUUUGGAUGCCCUUAGAAAGGGACUGAAACGCAGACGAGCUCUUCUGUUCAUUUGUCUGCUUUGUGUCCUGAGGCUCUUGGUGGGGAGAAAGUCUUUUGGAACAUUUCAUGAAUAGGCUUUUAUUCAUAAUCCAGAUUUUUAAAAAUGAUCAGUACCUAGGAGGAAGGGGUUUUUAAAAAUAAGAAUUUGUACAAAAAGCAGAACAGCUGAGUCUAGGAGAACAGGUUUGUUCUAGAGUUUGCUUUGCUUUUUGUAUGAAGCAGUAAAAUCAUUUCUGAGUUGCUUAAAUUUGGAUUUUAUUUCAAAAAGAACAUUUGUCCCAUUUUUUCCUUGAAGGCAUCUACAUUCCAAAUGGCAAUCUUGCUGCAAUAUAACACAGAAGAUGCCUACACUGUUCAACAACUGACAGACAGUACUCAGAUAAAAAUGGUAAGCGUUUGUUACGUUCACAGUAGGUUUCCUAAGCAUUUGUUUUUGCUGAAGGCCUCUGGAAACCCAACAAUAUCCUUGCUUUUAUUGCACUCUUGGAGGCUUUUUUUUAUUCCAAAAUUUAGAUCUUGACAAUUUCGUCUUUCAUUUUAAAAAGAAAGCAGGCUUCCUAGCUCUGAUGACUAAUGGCAGGCUAGAAAGACAUUAAUAUGGUGAAACCUUCAAAGCCAUAAAAGGGUUCUUGUUGGAUUUGGUUGAGGGAGGUAGAGCUGGAGCGCCCUGGAUAAUAAACUCUUUGACCUUUCCCAUAUCUAGUAGAAGUGAAGUAAAAUACUUAAUCUGCACUAUUCCACUUUUGUGGAAUUUUAUAUUGUUCAUUUCAUAUCUGGCCCUUCUUAGAAUCAUAGAAUUAAAGAGUUGGAAGAGACCACAAGGGCCAUUGAGUCCAACCCCCUGCAAAGCAGGAAACACCAUCAGAGCACUCCUGACAUAUGGUUGUCAAGCCUCUGCUUAAAGACCUCCAAAGAAGGAGACUCCACCACACUCCUUGGCAGCAAAUUCCACUGUUGAACAGCUCUUACUGUCAGGAAGUUCUUCCUAAUGUUUAGGUGGAAUCUUCUUUCUUGUAGUUUGGAUCCAUUGCUCCGUGACCGCUUCUCUGGAGCAGGUGUUCUUCACAGUGCAGAGCCCAGGAUGGCAUUUUGCUUUUCUUAAUUUUGUCUUUCUUUAGGGUAUAAUAUUUGAGGGAGGGGAAACCUAACACACUAACGCACCUAUGCGGUUGCAGAGAAGCACUCUGCUUUCUUCCCCAUCAGCUGCAAAAUAAGUAUGUGUGCGCCUAACUAUAAAUGGAAUGAAGGACUAAUAUUUCCCCCUUCCCUUUGUCUUUUAGGAUAUUUUGGGACAAGUUCUACAGAUUUUGCUAAAGUCAAAGUUGCUGGUAAGUCUUCUUGAUUUGCUGGGGUAGGAUGUGAGAGAAAUGAUUUGUUGACAACUUUUUCCUGCAUUGUUUCUUUUGUUUGUAGGUGUUGGAAGAUGAAAAUGCAAAUGUCGACGAGGUGGAGUUGAAGCCAGAUACCUUAAUAAAACUUUAUCUUGGUUACAAAAAGUAAGGCAGAUCAACUAAUAUAAACCAUUUAUGCAUAACCAUAGAAGAUUUCUUUCUUAGAACUGUGUAAUUUGUUGCAGUAUAUUUUUAGAAUUUGAAAUGCUGUUUCACAAUGACUGAAUUUUGAAAGACCUUGUGAGCUCCCAUUGUUCUGUCCCUGCUCCUGCCAACCUAGCAGUUCGAAAGCACGUCAAAGUGCAAGUAGAUAAAUAGGUACCACUCUGGCAGGAAGGUAAACGGCGUUUCUGUGCAUUGCUCUGGUUCACCAGAAGUGGCUUAGUCAUGUUGGCCACAUGACCCGGAAAAACUGUCUGCGGACAAAUGGCCAGUAAAGCGAGAUCAGCGCCGCAACCCCAGAGUCCACGAUUGGGCUUAACUGUCAGGGGUCCUUUACCUUUACAAAUUUAAUAAAUAAUAAUAAUAAAAUUAAUGAUUGGGGUAAAAAGCCUUUUGAAUCUGCCAUAAGGUGGAUUAGUGCUUCUGGCAAAUGCUACUUGUUGGAAGAAUAGUGAUUGCUGCUGCUGCUAUUAUUAUUAUUAUUAUUAGGUAAAGGUACCCCUGCCCGUAUGGGCCAGUCGUGUCUGACUCUGGGGUUGCGCGCCCAUCUCGCUUAAGAGGCCGGGGGGCAGCGCUGUCCGAAGACACUUCCGGGUCACGUGGCCAGCGUGACAAGCUGCAUCUGGCGAGCCAGCGCAGCACACGGAAACGCCGUUUACCUUCCCGCUAGUAAGCGGUCCCUAUUUAUCUACUUGCACCCGGGGGUGCUUUCGAACUGCUAGGUUGGCAGGCGCUGGGACUGAGCAACGGGAGCGCACCCCGCCGCGGGGAUUCAAACCGCCGACCUGAUGACCGGCAAGUCCUAGGCGCUGAGGUUUUAACCCACAGUGCCACCCGCGUCCCUGAUUAUUAUUAUACAUUAAUAAUUUGAUUUGUUACCUGCCCUACACCCCAAGGUGCCCUGGGUACAUGUGCCAGGCCACAACAACUCAAAGCACAGCAUGAAAAACAGUUUGAAAGAAAUUUCAGUGACAAAAGUAGAAGAGGUCCUAAACAUAUACACCUCAGGUAUAGUUGCAGGAAAUUGUUCAGCAAAUGUGCUAGACACACCUCUGGGGAGAGAGUUCCACAACUUCACUGGGAAUGCCCUCGUUUAGUCAUAUUUGAAAAUAACUUGGAUGUUAAUAUUGUGAUUCUAAAUGGUUGAGUUGGCGUUGUUUAAACAACAGAAGUUGGCUUGCAAGUAAGCAUAAAUGUAAGAAAGUGCAUAUAUAGGAAUAUUUAAAGAAUACAAUUGGAACUAUUGCAUCUCCUUGGAAAUGUCUUUAUAUCAGUUUUUUAAAAUGAAAAUGGGGGCAAAAUAAACAAGCCGUCUUGAGGACUCAGAAGGGGGAAGGGAAAUGCUCAGGAAAGAGCAGCGUCAAUUGCAUUGUCUCCCCUGCAGCCCCUUCCUGUCCCCAAUUCCCAGCACAUUUCCCCUGCCAUUUAAAGUCUUAUUGCAGCCUUCUACGUCAUGAGAAUGCAGGAGAAGUCCUGCUGUUUCCGUCCUAGGGGCCCAUCCAUGGUGUCCAUCCAUCCAGUUUCUCAGUCUACCAAAGUCCAUGUCUUUGAGUGCCUUCCACAAGAUGCUCCAGCUGCCCUGGGCAGAGGGCUGACACAGAACACGCUGGAGGGAGAGUCUGCCUUCUGCUUUGGCAUGGGGCUGCCUUAGCACCUGCGAGAAGACCUUCUGGCAUUCUCUUGCCCAGGAGCACCUAGGCAGGCAGUGGCCUGGGAGGUGGAGAGGGAGAAUGAGUGGCUGAGGGAGGGAGGGAGCCUGUGUGCUGGGGAGGGGGGAGAGGCUGUGGCCACCCCCAGGAUGCCUGCAGCCCUCAGCCAAAGGAGAACAUUCCUCAAUGCACCGAAGUGAAAAGUAAAAAGGCAAAGCCAGUAAGUGGAAUAGGGCUCAUACAUUUUUUAUCUAGUAAAAUUUCCAGGCAGUUCUAUAGUUGUUGUUUUUUUUUAUCUGUGCGUUGUAAAGUUAUUUAUCUGCCUUUCUCCUGGCAGCAAAAAAUUGCGAGUGAACAUUAAUGUGCCAAUGAAGACUGAGCAGAAACAAGAACAGGAAGCUACACAUAAGAAUAUAGAGGAAGACCGAAAACUACUAAUCCAGGUGACUUGGAAUAGGUAGCUCAGGAACUUGGACCAUGUGCAGAAGUUCUGAAUAUUGCUGAUCUUUAUCUAGUGGGAUUCUCUUUGUUCUCAUGGGUGGCAGAAUUAUGAAAUAAUUUUGCUUUUAACAGAACUUACCUCUGCAAUGGUUAAUAUUGGUGAUUAGCAAAGUGAAAUUACAGAAGACUCUUUUUGGAGGAGCCCCACAAGAGCUAAAGGGGCUUCAUUCCCAGGAUUGUAACACAUUGGCCAGAGGUUUGUGUCAGAAGUGUACAGAUUCAUGGCUAUAAGCAGAAAGGAAAACGCCAGAGUUGGGCCCAUUGCUCCAUCUCGCCCUGGUCUGUUCAGACAGGCUCUUGAAAACCUCCCAUCUUUCCCAGGCCAGCUGCCUGAGGCCCUGGAUUGAGCAGGGCCCUUUUGCACGCAGAUGUCCCUUAUAGAACUGUCCAUGGGGCAGAAAGCAGUCCUGCAGGAUUUAAAUACCUUUUAUAAAAUGGUAUACAAUGCUCGUUAAAAUGGCAAUGAAAACAUUUUAGAAACAGUAGACAUCAUAAAAUGAAUACCAAGAGUUUCUAAAGCAAAUGUACAUAUAAAAGUACAUGUCUGCUUCAGCUUAUCUAAACAAACAAACAAAAAGGUUUUUUGAGGCAGUAGAAUGGCGGCAGCACUUGCCCAGGUAUUUUAGUGACUCCCACAUUAACUUCCAGCUCUCCGUCCCAAAGGGCAGGUUCCUCCAUGCAGCAGCCAGCGGGGAGGUCAGUCUCUUGACUAGAUUGAGGCAAUUGCUCAUUGAUCUUGUGGGAUAUCUAAUGCAGAGCUGGCUUUUAAAUUUACCGUAUAUACUCGAGUAUAAGUCGACUUUUUCAGCACAUUUUUUAUGAUGAAACACCCCCCCCCCCGGCUUAUAUUCGAGUGAGGCGGCUGGCGGCAGCAGAGGGACGAGUGGCCUGAAAGGAGCCCUUUUGGGCUGUUCCUUCGUCCUCCUCUGCCUUUGCCUUUGCCACCACCACCAGGUUUGUGGUGUGAACCGGCUUAUACUCGAGUCAAUAAGUUUUCCCAGUUUUUUGUGCUAAAAUUAGGUGCCUCAGCUUAUAUUCGGGUUGGCUUAUACUCGAGUAUAUACGGUACUUAAUUCAGGUGAUACUAUAAAGGAAAUAUUCUGCCAUCUAGGAAUUUAAAAUUGUGUGUUCCAAACACAUAGUGAGCAACAUUUAAACUGCAGUAUAUAAAUUUUAUGAAAUAAAGUAAGAAGGGUGAAAAUCUGUAAGAUUGGCUAUUUCUGCUGAAAUGUUCCUACAGCCAAAUAGAUUUGUUUUGCUAUAAAACACGGUCUCCAUAAUAACAAUUGUGAUUGGUCAAAAGUCUUUGGUAACCAGUGGCUGAUCUUGGAUGACUAAAACGAUUCCCCCCCCCCUUGCAUGCUAGGCUGCCAUUGUAAGGAUUAUGAAGAUGAGAAAAGUCCUGAAACACCAGCAAUUGCUGGGAGAAGUUCUCACACAACUGUCAUCAAGGUUCAAGCCACGAGUUCCAGUAAUAAAGGUUUGUCUAAAGAGCCAUCUUGUAGUUGGAAAAACAAAUCUUUCUCUGUAUGCAUCUGCAGCCCUUUCCACAUACAGAAAAAUAGGGAUUAGCAUAAAAUAUACCAAGCUUCAAGUAGAAUUAUGACACUGUCUGAUCCUGUUUCAUUAUAUUUCAAUGUAAAACUUUCAGCAACACUUUAAAGGGUGCUUCCACACGACAGGUUUCCAUAGUGUCUAAUCUCACAUCACCUUCAUCCAAAUCACGGCUCAUACUACCCCAUUUAAAUAUAGAUUUUCUGCAGCAAAUCCAAGAAAUAAAAUCAACAUCUGUAGUCUGUGCUUGUCUAGAAGCUGGUUAGUGCAUUUUUGGUGGGUUGGUCACAUGUGGCUACAAAUUCUGGGUGACCUCUCUCUCUCCACACUACCAGUUUGCUCCUUCUCUGGACACAAGCUGCCCAGUCAGUGUAGACAAUACGGAGGUAGAUCCACGAUUGCUAGAAGACAGCUUCGUCUUGCAUUUCAGCGCUCGGGGUCGUGGGGCAGUGGCAAGGAAAAACUGCAAUUUUGGCAAACUGACCUAGGAUCAGGUGACUCCUGGACACGCACCCCAGGCUCUUGUGCAAGAGCACCACGUAGAGAUCUCUCUACCGUUCCUUACCUCCCAAUAUAUUGUCUUUGGCUAUUUUUUGUUACAACAGCACCGGCUGUUCCUUUGCUCUUGCAAAAGUUGCCUGCCUUUUGCAGGAUUUCAAAAAGGACUUCACUCCUUUCAUAUUCACAUUCUGAUGCCUUGCAGGGAAUCAAGUUGGAAAGGUUUCCUGCCCUAAAAAAUCUCGCUCUCCCUUCCCCCCGUUUGUGUGUGUGCGCACAAUCAUUAUAUAAUUACAUAGCUACUAUAAUUACAUAGAUUGUUCUUUUAGAAAGCCAUGGUGGUUGUGUGUGGUUUUUUUAAAGUUGCUCUGUGCACUCUUACAAACACUUUUUAUCAGCUGUAACGAAGAUUACUGUUAUCAAAUGCAGAUGACUGCUAGUAUUGGGGAAAUAAACCAUGACACAGUGUAAUAUGCCAUGUGUUGUUCAUCUCAGGUUGUAUUUACCUAAAUUUAAGACCUGCUAAGGAGCAGAUGGUUGUUCUUAUACCCUCACAUGUAAAGCCACAGAAUUCAAGGGUGUGCUUUCUAUUUCCCGUGACUGUAAAUUCUUUUUUGGAUAUAGUAACCCCUAACUUACACAGGGGAUUGCGCCUAAAGCCAGAAUUGCGUAUAGUCAAAAUACAUUGGGAGCAAUGGCAGGUGGGAUUGCCCAAAGUCUUUUUCCCCCAGAUGCCCACCCUCUUUUUAUUUAUUACUAUUUUGCCAAGCAUGUGAAAAUGAUUGCGCACAAGCUAAAUGUGCCUUAAGUUGUGGGCUGACUGUACUCCUGUGCUGCUCAGAUGAGACCCAGCAGAACCCUCUGGCUCCAUGCAGUGCCUGCUGCGCUUAUGUCAUCUCUGAGGACAUUUAACUUGGUUCAGACUUGGGAUGCUGGUGCUACUGCCUCUAGCCUGUUCCCCCUCUAUUGCUACCUAAGUCCCAUUAAAAAAAUACUACAAUACUGAAGUUGUACUAUAGCAUAGUGCUGUAGUUUACAUACUGUAUUUUUCUGUAUAUAAGACUAGGCUUUCCCCCUAAAAAAUAAUGUCCAAAAUUUGGGGGCGUCUUAUACACGGAUAGAUCUCCCCCCACUUUCUUAAAUUGGACUCCCCAAAAAUAGGUGGCAUCUUAUAGACAGAAAAAUACGGUACUUUUUCCUUUUUCCUAAAAAGGCUAUGAACAAUGUCACAUCUUUCUGUUUUCAGAAGUGCAUUGACAUUCUAAUAGAGAAGGAAUACUUGGAGCGAGUGGAUGGCGAGAAGGACACCUACAGUUACUUGGCUUAACGGUUCUCAGCAGCUGUCUGGGUGGCAAGUAGUUAAGUGAUUGAAGAAAUGAGAACAGAACUUGUUGGCCUGCUGCCGUCUGGACCUCCAUUUUUAUAACCAAGACUAGGACUUCCAUCUGCCAGUCUUGGAAUUACAUCAGACCUGCUCAGGAUUGAUACAUUUCAAGUAUGUAAAUAUGGACACCAAUGCCAUUUAACCUAAUUUAAGAACAGAAAGGAAUCUGAAACCUCCCUUGGAGGUUGCAUGCUACUUGCAUUUAAAUCAAUACAUUGGCUAUACAGCAACAGGUUGCCAGGCAGCAUUUAUACAUACAUGUUGGCAGCAGUUUGAGAGAGUCUAAUUUGGCCCAUGUGUAAUCUGCUAUAAAAUCAUUUGUAUAGUGUGUUUCAUUUUUUAAUGUGUGAUAAAUAAAAACUUAAAACUUUCUGUACAAGUUGCAUUUGGUUUUAUUGUUAAGUUCCAUGAGUUCUUUCUUAAAUGUAAAUAAAAGGUAUAAUUAUGAAAGCCAG